CGAAAACCAGGUGAUUUUUGUUUACCAACGCUCGUUCCCAACCUCCUGUUGAUACACACGGUAGAACAGUCGCACGCACACGCGCAAGCGCACAGAGAAUCGCGCGCACAAAACCGAUAUCCAUUCGGUGUGAUAAUAUCGAAACGGCGGACCGUAUUCCGUGUUUCCGCAAUAACGUAAUACGUAAUAUUAUUAUUUAUUAUUUUACCGUGCCGUAUUUCGUUUUGUUUUUCGCGAUAACAUACGGCGAAUGGUACACGUACGCGUGCACGCUGCGUGUGCCGUAUGUUGUGUCGUGCCCGUGCGUACGGAGCGUCGAACGCUCGAAUCACCCGUCCAGUAAUGUUGUAGCCGCCGAUCGGUUUUCGCCGUUGCCGUUGCCGUUGCCGUUACCCCGGCCAUGUACGCCGGCGAUAUUCGGUAUAAUAGUAAUAGAUGAUUGUGGUCCUUUUCAGCGGACACCGCGAUGGACUACUACAAGAUGUGCCAGCGUUUCGGACUGGCCUCUGUGCCCAGUCCAGAUGGCCGGUUCACCAUCGACGAACUCAUCGGCGAGGGCACGUACGGAGAAGUUUUCAGAGCCAGAGACACUGUGACCGGUAACAAUAACAUUAAAUUUUACCUCUGCACCGCGAUCAGGUAUUGGGUAGUAGUCAGUGGCGGUUACCCGGGUACAGUGCAGAAUAAUAAUAUUAUAUUGUAUCAAUAAGUAAAAUAUGUUGUCACUCAACUCACAGUUCACUAAAAAUGUUUUUUUAUAGGUGGGCACAUGUAGUCAUAUCUGGGCAAAUUACUCAAUUUUAAUAAUAUCGUACCUAAGUUACAGUUACUGUAUUUUUUUAUUAGUGUUUACUGUAGAUGUUAAGAGUUACUUUUAAGAUAAAAGUAACUAUAGUUGAAUUACUGAAAAUCAACUGAAUAAUUAAUACUUUUAUUACUUUAUUAGAUACCUGUAGUUAUUAAGAGGAAAUAUAGCUUUUGUGUAAAUUUGUAUCUAACUAGUUACUACUCAGAUUUACCUACUUAUAGUUGUACCCUCUAUGUGUUUGAAUACUUUUUUAUUUUGAGUUGUUAUUACUUUCAUCAUUGUUUCAGGAGAAAAUGUAGCCAUUAAAAUAUUAGAAGAUAUUGCGGGCAACGAGGAAGAAAUCGAAGACGAAUAUCUGGCAUUGAGAGAUCUCAGUUUGCAUCCAAACAUUCCUUCUUUCCAUGGAAUUUAUUUUGUCAAAGGUUCCAAACAACUCAACGAUCAAUUAUGGUUCGUUAUGGAGGUGAGUCGUAUUAUUUUAAAUAUUCAUAAAGCACCUAUUAUUUUUGCUCGUACUGUGUUAAAAGUUUUAAUAUUAUAAUUAGUAGGUACCUUUAUUUGUUCAUUGGUUUUAUAAAAUGUAUUCAUUUUGUAGUAAACUAUUUAAAUUUACUCUAUAACAAUAUUUCAAUGUGAGGUGCUUAAACCAAAUUUACGAUAUUAUUGAUAACUUAAAUAUUUGAUCUCACAUUGUAAUACAGAAAACGGGAUUAAAAGAUAAUUUAUUUUUAUUUGCAUAAGGUAUAUAAUAUAUUUUUCCUAUGUUCCUAUCUACCUAGUUUUUUCAAUCAAAUAGUUUUAAAAUAAAACUUUACUUAUAGGUAGGUACAACUGAAUAUUAUUGCUAGUAAAACUAUGUUUAACCAUCUAUUUAUUUUUAGUGAUAAUUAUCUCUAAAUUAACAACUCAUUAGAGUUAAUUAACCUAUUAAGGUAAGCCUGAAAUGUUUGAUUUUGUCUUUUAGGGUUUGCACUAGUUUAUAUUAUUAUUUUAUUAUCUUUAAUAAUUAAAUAAUGAACAUUGAUUUUAUUUCUGAAACUCAAAAGUUAAAUUAAAAGAAAGAAAAUAUAAAAAACAGUUUUUGUAUUCUAAUUAUAAAAUUGUUUUGUAAUUAAUUAUAUAUGUGAUAAUAAAUUCAGUGUUCAACUUAUUAAAAUGGUCGCAUAUUAUGUACAUUGCAAUAUGAUCAAAGAUCUCGUGUUGAUCAGAUAUAAUAGGUAAUUAAACGCAACAUUUUAUUAUAUAAGUGAUUUAACUACAACUUAUUUCAUAAAAAUCCAAUGCUACAAUAAUAUUUUUUGUCAAAAUGAUUUAUUCAUUAGUUUUAAUUUGUAAUAUUACAUGAAAAAAAAAAAUUGAAUAAAUAAUGUUAUAAUACUUAUCUUCAAUUAGGUAUUUAAUUUACCAUGAUAUAGAUAACAUAUUGUGUAUUAACUUGAGUAGGUAUCAUUUAACCAUAUACACUAUACAUAUUGAAACUAAGAUAAAUUAUUACUGCUCUAAGUUGGCCAUGGUUAUAGUUAAGCAAUUGGAAAGGUGGGAUGUAUAGAUUAAUUCACUAAUUUAGUUUAUCCUAACUUAAAAUUAUAAAUGUGAAAUUAAGUCUGUCUUUUAUGUUUUCAUGCAUAGGUUGCUGAACAAAUUUUCAUGCAUUUUGGUAUACAAAUAGGACUUUGGAAAAAAACAUAAGCUAUUUUUUGUCACCAAAAUAAAAUUUGAAGAAGAUGAAAGGUCUUUAGGUAUUAUAGGUACAAAAAUAAAACUAGAACACUUUUAUUUUAUUUGUCACCAAUUUUUUUCAUUUAAAAUACUGAUAUGAGCAAAGCAAAACUGGAAUAAAGUUAAAAAUAAUAUAAAAUUGGCGCUGGCAAUGUCGAGCACCGGACAGCUAAUAUACUAUAAUAUGAAAUGAUUAAUAAUUACAAACCAAAAAGAUUCUGAGAAAAAUUCAUACAUAGCUAUCUUAAAAUUGGUUUAGGUAUUUCUAAAAUAAUAUUUUGAAAAUUAUAAUAUAAAAUAUUUGUAAUUUCGUGAAAUUAUCAGACCUCUAAAAUUAUUGUUAUUAAAUUACAACAAAAUCGAUUUUAAAAAUAUUGUUGUUCCAUAAAUAUUUAAGCUUUUUCCCCAUUAUAAAAAAAAAAGAUAGAUAAACUUCCUUCAACAAGUAUCUUUCUCUAAAAUUUUAAUAUCUACGUUUCUUAUUCUUAAAUUAUUUGUUACAGUCAUAUAUGCCAAAUACAUUUUUAAUUACUAAAAUUGUAUAAAUUGAUAGAUACCUAUAUUUUGUAAGCCUUCUGAGAUAAAAAUAUAUUAAAUAUUCAAAAAGGCAUUUGACUAAAUGUAGUUAUAAUAAUAAACUUAUGCAUUUGUACCAACAUUUCUAGACAGCCAAUCUUUACCAAUCUGGUUACCUAUAAAUUAAUACUAUAUAAUUUUUAAGGAAUGUUAUCUUAAUUUGUGUUGCACUUCAUUAUUUAUAUUACAGUAAAUAUUAAUAUCUGUGUAUCAGAAAUAUUGUUUUAAUACGAAUAUAAUACUUAUACUUUACUAUUGUAAAUCCUAUUUAGAAAAAAAAAUUAAUUUAUUACAUUAUAAAUAAUAGUAUUAUGUAUAAUGUUCACUUCAAAGACCAUUACAACACACUAGAACACACUUAGUAAUAGAAAAACAAGUUUCCAAUAAUUGUAUCAGUAUUUAGAAUCAUUUUUAUUCUAAAUAUAGUAUAUCAUACAAUUACCCUUAUAGAAAUAAUUUUUAAAUGAAAAAAUAAGGUGAUACUGCUGACGGGUGUACCGCUGUUAUAGAUGAGAAAUUAAAAAGGUAUAGUGAAUUGACUUAUUUAAUUUAUAUCUGAACCUUAUGAUAAAUCAUUGCUAAUGAAAAACGAUUCUGAGUGUUAACCAUGCUUUGAAAUGCGGCAAUUUUUAAUGAUUUUCAUCAAAAUUUAAACACAAAAUAAAUCUAUUAGAUACAUUUUUACCAUUAAGUAAAUCUUCAUUGAAGAUGUAUAUAUUAGAUAUGAUUGGGUAUAAUGUAUUCAAUAGUUUUUUUUUGUGUGCGAAUUUAAAUUUUGACAAAAUCAUUAAAAAUUGACGCAUUUCAAAACAUUGUGAACCCUUAGAAUUGUUUUUCAUUAGCAAUGAUUUACCGUUGAGUUCAGAUGUAAAUUAAAUAAGUCAAUUUAUUCUACCUUUCUAAGCUCUCGUCUAUAACAGCAGUAUACUCGUUAAUGAAAAUUGUAUUAAAUUUUCAAGCAUUUAAAACUAGCCCAACAAAUCCAAGUGAAAAAUAAAGAAAAACUCAAAAAUAUCAAAUGCUUAUAAAUAAAAAAGUUAUUAUAAGUAUUCUAUAAUAAUUUCAGGUAUCUACAAUUAUUUUUAACCAAAUCACAACAGUAACCAAAAUAAAUAAACCAUUAUUGUUCUAAUUUUCCCCUGUUUUCAACAAUUAUUAAGAAUACCUUCCCAAUUCACCAUCUAGAUAAAAUUUUGUUUCAGGAAAAUGCUACACAUAAAAGUCAGAUCUAAAUUUCUGGUAGUAAACUUAUUAUCAGGGAAAAAAAAAAAAAUUAUUUAAACCAAUACAUUUCUUGCUAUGCUUAGAAUCUAAAAAUCCUAUUUAUUAUAUACUUUGUAUUUUCUAGUUAUGUCAAGGCGGAUCAGUGACCGAUUUGGUGCAUGGAUUGAAAAUUCAAACAAAACAAUUAACUGAAGAUCAAAUUGCUUACAUUUUACAUGAAACUUUGCAGGUAAUUUUUGUGUUUGCUCAAUUAAUAAACUAUUUAAUUAACACCUGUUUGUAAAUGUUAUGGAUUUGGAGAAAAAAAAUUUAAGAUUAAAUUGUUGGUCCCUUAGAAUUAGUUAUAUGCAAAGCAAUUAUCAACUGGUACAAUACAUUCCCAUUGAAUUAAUAAAUAACCCUUUUUACUGGACCACUUAAAUGUUCUUUUCAAAAUCCUAAUUAAUAGUUUUUACUGUAUAUGUAUAACUUUAUAGUUUUAAUUUUAUUUAAUUUUUAAUUUUUAUUAGGCACUAGCAUUUUUACAUCGAAAUCACUGUAUGCAUCGCGAUGUAAAAGGACAUAAUAUAUUGUUAACCGAAGAUGGACAAGUGAAAUUAGUAGAUUUUGGAGUUUCUUCUCAUUUAGGAGCUACAAUGGGUCGGCGUGAUACAUCUGUUGGAACACCUUACUGGAUGGCUCCAGAGGUGAGACAUUUCUAAAAUAAUAGUUGUUAAUUAUGGUUUAAUAUCCUAAAUUUUAUAUUAAUAUACAAAUGCAAGACUGUACAAUUUUCCUUGUUUAAAAUUGACACAAUUACAUUAAUUCGUCUACAACAUGGUAUUAAGUUAUCUUGAAAUAACUAAGAGACUUUUACUAGAUGUUAAUUUUCUGAAUAGUGUAUUGAUUUCUUUUAAUGAUUUUGAGUUAUCACAGAAGUUUGGUUUCUAAACUGUUAAACAAAAUUUACUUGAAACUGUUUGUGAAAUUUGAUGGAAUAGUAUUUAAAAUUACAUAGACCCCUACUAAGUUUGUUUACACAAAUAAUACUUUACAAUGGUACCCAUAUUUAUUACCAUGUUAUAUAAUGAUUUUUGGGAUUUAAACAUAUUGUAAACAAUUGAUGGUGAACAGCUAGUAAACGUUAUUAUAGCAUUCAAAACCCACCAAUUAGUUACACGCAUAAUAACAUUCCCUGUUUAUCAGGGAAUGAUAAACCAUCAAUCUAUACAUUUAUUGGUGUAAUUAAUUUUUAAAAUAAUAAUGUUGAUGGAAAUAAUAUUUUACAUUGUGGAAAAUAUUCUCAAAUAAAAGAAUAUCUCUCAAAUUUGUAUAUAUUGUAAUUGGUUAAAGGUUAUAAUUUUUUUUUUCGAAUGUUAAUGUGUAUUUGUUAGAAUAUGCAUUGGCUACUUAUUAUUUAUAAAUAACAUAAUAAUAUUGAAUUUUCAGAAAAUAAAUUUUGAACAGUCAUUAAUAAUAGCUCAAAACACAGAAUUUAAUUUCUUGUACAAGUGAAAAUUGAAUAAGUUAUUUAAUUUAAUUUACCUGCAACUAACUAUCAUGUAUAAUAUAAUAUAAGUUGAGAUGUACACCUCUUAAGUAUUAUACAUGAUAAAAGUUAAUUCAUUAUUUUGGUUCUCUUACAUGGAGUACAAAACUAUACUGGAGUAGUGUUUAUAGGUUUUACAGAUUCACAAUCUAAGUCUUGAAUAUUUGAGAAAAACGAGAAUCUUUUUUACAUGAAUACAUAAAUAUUUACAAAAUCUGAAAAUGCUUAUAUUUUGUUAUAGCACUUUAUUAAUUUCUAAGGAUUUUCAUGUUUAUAAAAUAACUUACUAUUAUGAGACUUUUAAUCAUACAAUUUAUAUUCCAACUAAUUUUAUAUUUUAACUGCAGCUUAACUAAGUAUAGAAUGACAGAAUACAUAUUUCAAAUAGGUAUAUAUUUCAAAUUGAAAAGCUGUUCAACUCGAGUAACUUCUUUAUUAUAAUUUCACCAUAAUGUUGUUUUUAAAUAUAAGUGUAGGUUUAUUUUUAUUUAUAUUUGCCAAAACAAACCUAAGUAAAAAUUAUGAUAAAAAAAAAUAUAUAUAUAUACAUAUAUAUCGUCAUCGCUUUAUAUUAUGUUGCCUACAAGUUAUAUUUCAGGGGUUUUAUUUUUUAACUCGCCGUUUUAUAUUAUUAGAUAGGUAGUAAACAAUUUACUAUAACAAAUUUAUUCGAUUCGUUUUUGUAAAUUGUAGUUUUUCAUUAAAUUCAAUUUUAUGUAUUUAUUAUGUUUACUAGACAGUAUCUCUAUACAAAUUUAAAAAGCCUUUAUUGUUGAGAUACCUUAUCUUCAAAGUUUUAAGGAAUGUUUGAAUUAUUUCUAGGUUUUUAAAAGUUUUCCGUGUUUUUGCAUGUUAUCGAACAACUUUCAAGUACCUAUAUCUUUUAUGUUCAAUUUUUUUUUGCCAAUCCAAAAACUUAAUGAAUUUUUUUGAGAAUUUGUAUGAUAAAAAAAUUUUAAAUUUUAUAUCAUCUUAAAACAUAUUGCAUCAUUUCUUAAAAACUUAAACAGACUAACUACUUUCUGUGGAUCCUCCUGAGUUCUAACUACGAGUUAUCAGUAUUGUAUAUUCUUACUUUGAAUUUGAAAUCAAUAUAAUAAAAUUAAUACGUUAACUGCCACGUAGUUUUUGAAUGCAUUACUCUGUGUAAUGUGAUGUGUAUCUCUGUGUACAAAAUCCUGAGACGGUAUUGUUGAUUUUAAGUAGGAAUAUGAAUCUUGUGUCCUCCAAGACUAUUUCUAUAUUUUUAGCGACCAUGCUUAUACAAAUUAAUAAAACUUUAAAAAGACUUUUGUAAAAAACACACGUAUACCUUCAAACCGUGUACACCACCACGAACACUACGUAAUAAUACACAGAAUAAAAAACACACUAAAUAUCUACAUUUACGUGUACAAAGGAGCAUUGCAAAUAAUAUGAAAUAAAUGGAUAAGGUACCAAUAGUAAGUACUGGGAAUUUAUAUUAUUAGUCUAAACAUAUAGUUGGAUAAUAUUAUAUUCGUAAUAACAGAUUAUGAAUAAUUCUGAGCCUGGUCUAGAAGGCCACAUGUACAUUAUUUUGACACGUUCGAAAUUUUGAAUUUUCUGUACAAGGUUGUUUUUUAAAAAUACUAUAAAAAAUUAAGAAAAAGAAAAAAUUAUUAUUGCACAUUUUUUUUUUAUAUUUUAGCAAAUAUACAUCAAAAUACCUAUUUAUGAACGGACAUUUUACCGUGUACAAUAAAAUGCACACAUAACAGUCAACGUGUUAAUAACUGGAUACAUUUUAAUGAAUCCCUUACAUAUCUAAUUUAAAUCCGAAUUACCUAUUUCGUAUUAUCGCUUUGAAAUACUUUCAGUAUCCAAUCAAUAAUCUGUAGAUGUCUAAUAUACAACAGAAACCAACCUAAGGGUGGAGUUUGACUUUCUGAACAUCUUUUCCCGGAAAUGGAAAUUUCUUUCAAUGACCAUUGAAAAAAUGUAGGCGUUGUUUAUUUGGGCAUCGUCUAUUUUCGUCAGAAAAAGGUAAUCGUUUUGCGUACAAAUCAUUUUCGCCAAAAUAAAAAAGGUACUAUUUUCCGAUUGCCCCUUUGUGUCAAAUUUACCUGGAUAUAUUACACUAUUACACGAGUUUUUUUAUUUUACUAAUUUAUAAAAAAAUUUAUGUUAUUUUUAGAUUUGGUGGGUAGCGAGGGUUUUAUUGGUUUUACUAAGAUUUGUGUUUGUUUUUCUGCAUGCAAACAACAUUUCAAAGAGAAAUCUUACUCCAAUGUAUAAAGUAUAGUAUCUUUUCUGAAAGGAAAUAUUGUCUAGUUAGUGUAUUGAAGAGGUCAUUUUUUGAUGUUCCAAUGGGUUUUCGAAAUAAUUGGGAAAAAUCCAAUAAUAAAAUGUAGGUAAAAGGCAAAUAUUUACAGCGCGCCUCGGCGAUACCAGUUUUAUUGUUUUUAAUAUGUAUAACUUAUGUUUUCUACCAGAAAUUUUGAACCAAUUUAAAAUUACAAGAAAUCAAUUGUGUUCCUUUUAAUAUAUAGCGACUGAUAGAGGAAGUCGGUUUUUGUUAUCUAAAAUAGUUUUCAUAAUAAUGGAGAAACCAAAAAGGACGAAAAAUACGAUUUUUUUUUUUCAAAUUUCUGGCACAACGAUUUUAUUGUUUUAAAUUUGUACUGCCUUAUAUUUUCGCUCCAAUAGAACAACGACAAGAGACCUUUUUUGUUGUAUUUUUAAUUUUGUUCAUGAGUAAGUAAUUUUUUUUUUUUAAUUUUCCUGGUAGUCUUCGUAAAAAUUGCGAUAAACCGGAAAAUUACGAAAAAUAAAAUCUGAUAAAUUUACGGUGCUGCCAUUAAUUUGUAUUAAAGUUUUAUGGCUUAUGUUUUCUACAAAAAAUAUUGCUCCAAUAGAAAAACAUCAAGAGAUUUUUUUUGUUGAAUUUAAUCUACUUGGUGACUAAGGACCAAAUUUAUAAAAAACAAAAAACAUACAAUUUUCAUGUUAUCUGGGUACCUCAGGGAGGUUAUUUUUUUAUUUUCAAAGCAGUUUUCAUAAUAAUUGGGAAAAACUAGAAAAUAUACAUGCAUGUAUAAAAGGAGCUUUGCUCCGAAUCGUUUUGCAUUAACAGUGGUUUAUCAUGCAUACAGAUAUAUAUUAAAUUCCCUUCUAUAAUCUCCCGUAAAUCUCCCAAAUUCUUCCGUAUUAUUAGAUACUUUAAAAUCGAAACUUAUAAGCAUUUUUUUAUAUUUUGACAAUUUCGAAUUUAAAAGACGUUUUAGACUAUGUUUUGAGAGUUCUUAAGACAAAUCCGGGUACUACAUACAAAUAUGAUAAACGGUAGCGAUUGCCCUGCAGAAAAUCUACACGAGUUUUCGUUGUAUACGGACGCUUGUGAGCACGCGAACACUCAAUUAUAAUAAUAAUAAUUUAUUACUAUCGUUAUUUUUAAACGCUUCAUACGUUAAAUAAUAAUAAUAAUACGGAACGAAACGCGUCUAAAGGCUAGUGGUGGUAUAAUUAUUUACAAGUGUUUUGGAAGAAUUCAUAAUGAUAUUAAAUUUACACGUAUAUAUUAUGUACGGUUUUUUUUUUUUGCUCUACUAACAGUAGGUGUACGCGUGAUGUUUUAUUGCGUUCGCGCACGAUUAUUAUUGUUUUGUUGUUAUUAUUGUUCGUGUUAUCACAUACAUAAACUAUAUAAUAAUAUGAUAUUUUAUCGUACGUAAACAAUAUAUAAUACUAGUGAUAAUAAUAGUACUGUGACGAUAACGUGGAAGGAAGUUGGCCUGCCCGCUGCGGCGGCGGCAGUAAAUCGCGAAUACAAAAAGACGGCCGCGGUUAUAAGGUAGCGAACGGAAGUGACAGGCGGCGGCGGUGUCGUGUUUUGCGAUCGCAAACAGGUCACAGUCGUAAAAAUCGAGCAAGUACCUCGUCUGUCUAUCGCCGCGAUUCGCGGGGCGGGGGAGGAUGAGGAGAGGAAAUUAAAAAAUAUGUUCAUGUAUUAUUUAUUUAUUAUUGUACUGCAGUAGGUACGUAUAUAGAAACGACAUCGCCGGGGGAAAGAAAACCAUCUCGCGUCGACAUUGUACGGCAGCGGCGGGGCAUUCCGUUUUGCCGAGAAAUCGGUACGGUCUCUGUCGGGGGAGGAGUACCGGUUUUCCGCAGCCGUUCCGAUUCUUCCGGUCGCUUAUUCCUUGCUCCGACCGCCGUAUAAUAAUAAUCAUAACAUAACGACGCUGUAUCAUUAUCGUCACGUGUGUUGUUUUUUUUUUUUUUCUAAAUUUUUUCGUAUUAUCGCACCGUCGUCCGUCGCGUCUGGUUGUCGGUUCUUCUUAUAAUAUUACCCGUAGUGUUUUUUCACGCGCUAUAUGAUAUAACCAACGUGAUUCUACUACGCGUUGUUUACAUUUUGUCCGUUAUUCGUUUCGACUAUUUUUCGGUCCCGACUUAAUAAUUGCGCGCAAGCCUUUUCGCGUAUGUCCGAGAGGUUAUUAUAAUACUCCUGCAGUGGAUUAUCAUAAUCGUAUAAAACUACGAUGCCCCGCCGUCCGUCUGCGGUUUCGAGAUAAACCGAACGUUUUUCACGGUUUACUUAUAUCAUCGUGCACCCGCCGGGAAUUGGCUCCCAAUUACAGGUAAUCGAUAUUUUACCGUCCAAACAUACACCUUUGUAUUGGCUCCCUGUGUCUUUUUUUUUUAUAAAUAUUUUGGCUAUCAAAAUGUUGUAUUAAUUAUUUAUAAGUUUAGUAUGGAAAUGGCGUUCCACUGUAUACGUGUUCAUUGUAUAUGUACGUUUUUACAUACAAAUUCUCUUGCUGUGAUUGAUUGGUAUCAAUGGUAAGCUUUUGACGUACCAAAGUGUUCACACGUUCUUGCUACACCUACACCUUACCGUGUUGUUUGAUAUAGUUUUACAAUUUUGUGUACAUUUAUCCAAAAUCGGGAACCUAUUGAAUCGCCCAUACCCGUUAUAGAUUCUGAACUGAUUGACGAAUUUGCGUUGUUUUUUUUUAUCUAAUUACUUUUUUGGUUAGUAAACAGCCCUCCGACACUACUUUCCAAUCGUACUUAAAAGUUUCCGCGUUCUACAGUAUUUAAUUCGAAUCAUUUCCCUUUAGAUUUUUCCGACCGUUUAUUCUAAAACGUGCCCUACCCACGACUUUAACAUUUUAAUUUUAUAUAGGAGAUCUUUUUUUAUUAUUUUAUGAAAUAUUAACAAAUUAUUAUGUCUCGACAAUUUAGUUUAUAAAACCCACAUAUCUUUAAAUUUUCAUACCAGCUUGAAGAACAAGAUAGACUGAUUAAUUGUUUGACUAAUACUUCAAAUACUUAAUUCUACUUAAUACCAGAGACUUCAAACUGACCGGUGGAAGAUAGGAAUUAGAUCGGAAUAAGAACACAAUGGGGGACCUGACAGAUAAAUAUUAUGUAUGUCGAGCUAGCCAAUACAUCGGCGCGCUCAUUUCCCGAAAUACCAAGAUAUCCCUGAACCCAUAGGAAGGAAACGAAAAUGGUGCUAGCUUUGAGCGAAAAAAAAAAUUGCGCAGAUUUUUAAAAUGGUUGGUGUUACAAUGUGAAUUAUAACCAUUACCAGAUAGUGCUAAAAGGCAAGCUUGAGAGUCGGACAUUAUUAGACAAUUUCCAGGAAGAAGAGACUAAAUCUAGAUAAGAACUUUUAAUAUGGCAUAAUUUUUAGCUUUAAAAUAGUGGGAAACCUUAUGGUUAAUUCAUUUUUUUUUACAGAAGUAUUCCAUUCGUUGUUGCACACAGGAAAAAAUUACUUUAAUUAGUUGUAUUUAAACCCAUUAAGCAAGCUAAUGAUUUAACGUUGCAUUCGGUAUAUUAAAGCUUAGAGUUAAAUUAACCAAUAUCCUGUACCUUCCCAUCAUUUAACAUUCUCAUUUAUACAAAAGUGACUUACCUAUAAUGCAACGUAUGUCCCGUGUUAUUUUUAUUGUCUGAACGUUUGCUGGUCAAAAUCAUAAUCUUGUAGUUAGAUAUCACAGACUUGAUUCUAACCUAAUACUUUUUCCUCCUGUUAUCAUUUCAGCGAAUCCGCAGAAAUAUUAUUAUUAUAAGAAUUUAAUAUUCGAUAAUUAUUACUCUCGGAGACAUUAAAAACCUAUAUUUAUGUAUUAUAGAUGCAUUAUCAUAUAAGGUAGAUUGAAUAUACUUACAAAUAUAUUUUAUUGUUUAUGUUAGCUAAAGAGCGUGAACUGUUUUUCUUCUAAAAACCAUGCUUUACAUUAUAAACUGUCGAUUUUCACAAUUUGUUUAUGAUUUUAGUUUACGUAAUGAAAUGAAUCCAGUAGGAAAUUAAAAAAUAUUAUCGUGAGAUAUGAGUUUUUCCGGUAAAACGUGUUUUGUGUAUUAAAAAAAAAAAAAACAGAUUGUGCGAAGGUCGCUUUUAUAUAAAUACUGAAAAAAUCUGAUUGAACUAUUUAUUAAAACAGUAAAUACUUGGUAAUUGUAAAUGUUUUCAUUUCGUUAUUUGUAUAAUUUGUAAAAAAAAAAUCACGAGCAAAGCCCUUAUAAGUAUAAAGACUCUUUUAAAUAUUUUAGUAUAACUUAAACAAAUAACUAUCAGAUGACCUUAUUACAGUAAUUAGAGCGAGGUAUUUUUGUUUAGAAAACUUUAAACGUUCGCAUUUAAAUUUCAGUCGAAAUACGUUUAAAUUAAAAGAAAUCGGUUUAUAUUAUAAUUUAAAAACAUAGACAAUUAAACGCGUAAUAUUAGCCAUCCGUGUUGUAUGAGCAAUAUAAUUGCAGUUUUAUUAUGACAAUUUAAUUUGCACGCAAUUUAAAGGUACAGGCCGAAUGAACACGUCCGACUCCUGACAAUUUAUGUGCCGGCAAUUGUUCACUGUUCGUCACGCAAAGUCAUUGUUUAUGCUGUAGUUUGUAUCAUAAUAUUCAAUAUAUUUUAUGGUUUAUAAACGAAAAAUAAUGCCUAUCAUAUAUUAUAAUUAAAAAACAAAAAAAAAAUCUAAUACUAUCCUAUUUUAAUAUGUAUUUUACGAUUGGUUGUAGUAAAUUGUCGACUCUAUGCAUUGUAUUAAUCCUUUACUGUAAAUGUGUGCUAUUGUUCCAUAGAAAAACACUUCAUUUGAUAUGGACAGUAAACACAUUUGAUAAGUCUGGAAAUUCAUUAUUUUAGUAUAGAAAUAUUCGAACGAGUUUUGAAAACUAAUUGUAUUUGCUCACAUCUCUGUUUUGAAUUUUUGCUUUCGAAUACAAUGAUUAAUUUUUUUUUUAUUGAGUAUAAUACAAAUAAUAAACAAGACUAUUAUAAUAUUAUAAUUUUAACUCCCUUUUAGCUUUUGGCUCGUCUAUAAAACGAGUGCGAUGUAUGUUUGAUUUUUAUUACUUUAACAACCUCGUUAUGAUAAUGUAUACCUAAUCUUAGGCUUAAAUGAAUAUUUAUCAAAAGUGAUCUAUAUAUUAUAAUUUAAUGUUAUUAUAAAAAUAUGCCUGUAUAUUAAGAAUAUCAUUAUCUUAAAGAUGUAAAAUAAAAAAGUUGGAUUAUUUUGAUUGAACGCUCCCUCCCCUUCCCCCCAUCCCCUAUUUGAUUUGUAAUUUUAAAGAAAUUUGGUGGUAAUAUCUUAAUCACGUGCCGCAAAGGGGUUGAACACUUAGUUUGGCCAUUUUUCGAAUUUAUUUUUUAAAAAAUGUAGCAUUUAUAUAAAAAUAUACCUUAAAUAUUUACAAUUAUUUAUAAAAAUGUUUUGAAAAAGUUUCUCAUCUCAUAAAUUUAUAAUUUUCUGAAAAAAUAAAUAAAAUAUGGUAGUUAAGUGUUUAUAAAUUUAAUAUUAUGUUAUAUAAUUAAGGUCUGUUACAGUUUUUGAACAAUUUAUAUAGAUUUAUAUUCGUAAAUUCUUUUAUUAUUUAUUUUUAUUAAUAUAAUCAUUGAAACUUCGUUUUAGUUUAAAAUUACUAUUGUCGUAUAGGCAUCAUACUGCAUUUUUUUUAGAAACUAAUUUUCAUUUCCAAUUUUUAAUCUUAAAUUACGAUAUAUUUAAUUUCUCUAACUAAUAAUAAACUAAUAAACACAUAUAAAUUUCUACACUUUACAGCACGCGUAUAAAACGAUUAAAACAAUUUUUUUUUUAUUAAGGGGUCUCAAGAACCACUAAUGGGUGGCUGCUUAAUUCAAAACUUUCAUGUCUUUUAAUUACUAGUUUAAUAUAAACUUAUUGUACAAAACUGUAUAGAUUGUUUAUGCCAAUAAAAAAAAACCGUUUUUAAACGGUGCCCAUAUAAAAUUGUAUAAAACUUAUUACGUUUUUGCAAAUAAUAUUAUAGUUAUAGUGAUUUGUUGUCUUAUAAUAUGUAUAGUUUAGUUUUAUAAUUAUUUAUAGUAUAGUAUUUAUAAAUACUUUACUUACUCUAAAAUCGUUCUUAUAAAUACGGUGGUAUGUUACAAAUUUUAUCAGAGGGCAAAGACUGUAAUGGUUGGUACGUAUAAUGUGCGUGGGGUAAAAAGAAAAUUGGAAUCUAAGCAGCAGCUAAACAGAAUGACUAUUAAAAGGCCAAGGACAAGACCCAGAAAGCGUUAGCUGGACGGAAUUAUAGAAGACGCGAAAAAAAUGAAAAAUAUCGAUUAGGAAAAAUGUAUAUUAAAGGAGGAAUGAAGUUGUGUUGACAGAAAUUGCUUUUGAAAUGAUGUUGGGUUAAUGGAGAAAAAGAUGACACUUAUAGCAUUUGUACUUUAAAUUUACAACGAAAUACUAAAAUAAUCGACCACUUAUAAUUACGGUGAUUUUAAGAUAUAAAUAAAAAAAUAAAAAAUAAAUAUUAAAAACGGUGAACUGUGUAUAAUAAUAAAUGUAAUAAGUAAUCAUAAAACGUCAAGUAGGUAUUAUAUGUUUUAUCAUUACUUACGUAUGUUCAUCAAAUUCCAAUGGUUUAAUUUUAUUAUUAUAAUUUUUUUUUGUUCAAAAAAGUAUGCAUAAUUAAUAAUUAUACAUUAUUAUUCGUACGAUUUGUGUACAAUUUCUUUUAAUAUAAACAUAAAUAAUUGGAUUUUUUAGGCUUAAUUUAAAUUGUUUACAUUGUCUAUCUAAACCUAAACCUAAACAAACACAUACACUUAUAUAAUAAUCAAAAAUGUAGUAAAUAGUUAUAAUGCAUCUAAAUAUUUGAGUUGAUUAUUAAAAAUUAAACAGAAAUGAAUAAAUAUUAUACAAUUAUAAAAAUAUUAAUGCGAAACGACGAAUGGGUAUGUAUGGUAUGGAUAUAAUAUAAUAUUAGUGAUUGUAUUAUGACCGGUUUGGGCAAAAAGGCUACAAUCAGAAAUUAAUAUUAUGUAUAGGUAUAUAUGACUAUUACAUAUUUAAUUUCAAUAUUAAACAUUACCAAUUAUGAUUAACUUUUCGUGAUCGGCUGUGAGUAUCUAUAAUUUAUUGUUAUGUAGUGUUAUGUGAUGUUAAACAUCAAAAUAAUUGUAGGUAUAUGUUUUAUUACUUGGUUUAAACUACUAGUGCCGUGCAGAAGUUUGAUCAAUUCAAAUUAGAAAAAAAAAACAUUCGUUUAAUCAUCCGCGUUAAAAAAAUUCCUUCCGUAAUUGGGAUAUUAACCUCAAUUAUGAUUCAAUCUAGCAUUCUGGAUAAAUCAGAAGGAGAAACAUAGUAAAAUGUAUGACAAUUACCGGAUAAUAGUUUUAAUGAGAACUGAACGUACACGAUUUAGAAUUUUAGAUGGUCUGUUUAAUAGAAAUAAUCAGGGCUCGGAUUUUAUAGCAUUUGCUAAUUAUUAUAGGAUACAGAUAAAAAUAGCAGAGUGAGCUUUACAUUUUGUUUUAUGCGCUAUGGACUCCAAAUAUGAAAUUUAUUUUGCUAUUUUUUUAUAUAUAUAUAUUUGAAGCAUUUUAGAUUUUUAGUUCUAUUUUUAAAAAUGUUGUGCUAACUUUUGUUAAUAUAUAAUACAUAUAUAAUGAUUUAUUUUGUAUUUUUCAAUAAAUAAUAGAAAAAAUCUUUCAUUUAUGUGAAUUUUUAAGAAAAAUACCUACAUUUUCAUUUCAUAUUAUAAUUUAUUUUUAAGUAGUCCUGCAUAUUAACUAAUCGAACAGUUUAUAUUUACGACUUUUUUCGGUUCUAGUUAUAUAUUUAAAAAAAAAAAAAAUACAUUUUCUUUUUAGUUAUUUUUCAUGUUUUUAUGGCAUACUUUAGCUUAUUAGAAAAUUUUUAGGACAUUUAUAGCGUUUAUUUUAAGAUUUGUUAGGUCAUAUUAAAGCCCAUAUUUCAGUUAUUCUCAGUGUUAUAAAAUCCGAGCCCUGGUCAUAAUAUUUUAUUAUGUGGAACGACCUCCGCGACUUUGGCAGUCAUUUUUAAAUACAUUUAAUUAUGUAAUAGUCGACAACAUCAAUAUCCGGAUUAUACAUGGUUUUUUACAAUUUGAUCAAUCCGGAUCAGCAUUUCGGUGUUUGGUUUGAUCCGGAUUAUGUGCUCGGCACUAUAGAUUUAAUUAUUUAAAUUAUUUAAAUCGUGCAUAAUAUUAUAAUAUACAUGACCAUUAGCUAGUUACAUUUUUUUUCUGUACAGAUCAAGUAAAUUUUAAUACAUUUUAACGCCUAAUUAUUUAUUAGGUUAUCGUGGUGCAGAAUAAUAAAUAUCCGUGCAGUAGUAACGGGUCAUUUAAUUUUACAGUAGAUAUAUUUAUAAAAAAAAUUCACCAGGAAAUAUUAAUCUAGCAUUAUAAAACUUUCCUAUUCACGCGAUUACCGUGUUCGAAUCCAGAACUAAAUUAAUAAAUACACGAUUUGAUAUAUUUUAUAAAAUUAUGAUAAUAUUAUGUACUAAUCAAAAUGCAUAAUAUUUUGUAAUUGCAGUUAGCUGACCUAUAUUUUAUAAUAUGAACUUAUUGCUAUUUAACUAUAUAUUACAAAUAAUAAUAUACAGUUGUAAUUUACUCCGUUCUGGAUACCGAGGUAAAAAAAUGGGUAAGUCUAAUGAGAAGUAUUUUUAAUAUAAAUGAGUUAAAAUGUACCAAAGUGUAACGUGUAAUGAAUAAUAUUAUUUUACAGUUUUCAUAUCAUUAAGUUUUAAUGAUCUUUAUGUCUUUAUAGGCACGUAAUAUAAUCCAAAUUCUAAUAUACUCAGUAUAUAGAAGUAUUAUUUAUGAUUUAUACUCGAAAAGUACAAUUUUUUUUUUAUGUUUGUUUUUUAUUCGUAUACAUUAUACGAAAAUAUUUUUUACUCAACAUAGGUAUUCUUUAACUCGGAUAACUUAUUCCAAUAAUAGUGAUGGUAACUUCCGAAUAGUUUGUAUUACCGACGAUCGAAUAUUUCGAAAAAGAAUUAGAGUAUAGAUUUUUUCAUUACUGUAUACAAACUAUUCAAAUAUUUUCCUCGUAUAAUUAAAAUAUGUUUAUUUAAGAUGCAAAUUAAAUUAAGAUAGUUGGUAAUAUAAACUAAACCAAUUUUAUUUUUACAAAUAUUCUAAUAUACUUUUGAAUAUUUUUUUUUUUGUAACCGAAUAGAAACUAUUCGUUUUAUACAAAUUAUCAAAUACUUACUCUGUUCGAAUAGUCCGAACUCGAUCAAUUAUAAAAUAGUUCGACAGUAACUAUUCAGAUGUGCCCGUCAUUACAAUGGUUAAGAAUCAUUAAGGAUAAGACAACGUUCAUACAUUUAUUUCCUAAAUCCGCUAAUUUCCCGUUUUCCCACAAUCGCAAUAUUUAAUAUCUACUGCAUUUUAAACAUGGUUAUUUAUUUAUGCAAUAAGUAACUGAUUUGUAGUUUAGAUACUUGUGAACUCAUACGCUUUGAAAUUACUCAUUUCAAUUCGUAUUUGCCGGUAAUAGUGAGAUAAUAUUAUGAUGAAAAUUCGGUAUGCGACAUUUCUAUUUGUUAAUUAAUAUAAAUAAUCAACGCGAUUCCUCUUUCGAAUACCAGCUUUUCUUAUUGCAAAUUAAUUACAAAUCGGAUAUUGGAAUAUUUUCUCCGUGUAGAAGUAAUUAGGUACGUAUACGAAUAGAAAUCGUUCGCGUAUAUUUUACCGCGGUAAUUUCAAUACAAUGAUAGUAAUUAUAAAUAAUUAAUUUGAAGAAAAAAAAAGAUUUAAUGUUUUAAAAUAUUUUAUUGGGCUGCGGCGGUAUGCCACACUUUUAUUUAAAACUCGAAUUAUUCCCAGUGAAAAACGAAAAUUAUGAAUAUAUUAAGUAUGUAUUAUUAAUGUAUAAUAUAAUUUGGUUUAUCUAAGUGUAUAUCUGCAGUUAUCAUUAUCGUUGGUCGACGUGCGUACAGCGGUUAUUUAAAUGUAUUGUUAUUACCAUUAUUACCGAUUUCCUCUCGCGCGAACUACUACGCGUGUUUCCGAAAAUAUGUCGAAUUUAUACCUACUUACCCACCUAUAUAAUAAUAUCAUAAAAUGUUAAAGUGAAGUAGCUGGUAUAUAUAAUCAUAAUAUUAUUAUAACGAUUAUCUCGCCUUUGUGUGUGUAUGUAUGUAGGCAAACGAACAAUAACCAAUUCUAAGGGAAAAAAAAAACUAUAAUUUUCUAGUCGAUAUAGCGAGUUCUCGUUAAAAAGAGAACAAUAAAUAUAUAUAUUAUAUAUAUAUAUAUAAGUUUGAUGUGUGACAAAUUUGAUUGACGAAAAAUAUUCAAAGAAAUAUAGAUUCACCGGCAGUAAGCAAUGUUUAAGAGAAAACAAAAACAUAUUUUUGUGUCCUUAUUCGGUGUACCUAUAUAAUACGAAAAUGUUUUUUUUAUACAAUAUAUUAUUAUACUUAUAUAUACAUAUAUAUAUACAUAUAUAUAUAUAUACCUCUUAGAUUAAUAUGUUUCUGACACAACACAGUAAUAUACCUAAAUUAUUUUUUAUACAUAUAUAUAUACAUAUAUAUAUAUAUACCUCUUAGAUUUUUAUGUUUCUGACGUAUCACAGUGAUACAACACAUUAAUAUACUUAUAUAUACAUAUAUAUAUACAUAUAUAUAUAUAUACCUCUUAGAUUUUUAUGUUUCUGACGUAUCACAGUGAUAUAGCUCAUUUAUUUUUUUUUUUUUUUUGAAAAAGUUUUCUCUGUAUUAUAUUUAUAUAUAUUUUUUUUUUUUUCAAAAAUGCUCGGUAUGUUUCAUACUGCCACAGUUGAAUAAAAUUCGAGUGACGUCAGUUUAACAAUGUAUGUUUUUAUGACGAUAUAUUUCUAAUAAAAUUAUCGACGUAUAUAUUUACGUCUUCGCGAAUUGCGAACGGCAAUUUCUCGAAAUUUUUAUGAAAACGGAGAAAGUCGAAUAUCGUAUAUAUAUUUCUUGACUCUUUGAAAAUUCUUUUACGGGAACUUUUUUUUUUCACAGCGGGGUUAAAAUAUGUAAUUGACUACGAUAUUAUAAUAAUAAUAAUAUCCCCGUCUAGUUAUAAAUUUCUCGUGGAUUUAGCGUAUUUUUUUAAGUAUACCGUUCAACUGUUGUAAACUUACAAUUUAAAAAUAUGAGUACACGGAAUGCCAAUGAAAAUUGACGUUCUCGCAAAAACUAACUGAAAAAAAACCUGAUUCUCGAGUGUAGCACCUUUUCUAAGAGGAAAUUUUAUUUGGGUGGUACUUAAAGUGCCAUUUUUUUUCGUUUUAAUAAGGAAUAAUCAAAAGAAACAAAAAAAACUAAACAAUUUACUGUGUCACGAUUCUUUCAUUUUAACUUUUUAUGACGACUAGUUUUUUACGUCAUUUUUAUUUGUAAAAAGAAUUAUUAGACCAAAAAAAAAAAAAAAAAUGCUUACGAAUUUAGUGCAAUGGAGAAUAUUUUAAUCAACGAAAUGAACUAGUAUUUUCCACCGUAUAACUACAACAGACUGUCAAUUAAUGUAUAUAUCGUAGGUCAUAUGGUAAAUUAGUCUUUUUUGCGAAAAGGUCUUUGCAAUGGGUCGUUUGCAAACGACUUAUUAUUUUCCCAAACGGCCUACUGUUUUUCAGGCUUAUUGCAUAUAGACUAACAGCAGUUAGGCCUUUAAGAACUACAGUAAUUAUAAUAUAGUAGUAACUAUUUUACUUAUUUUAUUUUAAGGGUAAUUUAUUACUUAUAGAAAAAAAAAGAUUAAUAGAAUUAUUAUUACAUGUAAACUUUAUACUGAAUAAUCUGAAUAAGUAUGGUACUUAUUAUAUAGUAUUAUAAUUAUUUUUUAAGCCAUACCAAUAGCGAGUAUCAGUGAAGUUCAGAUUAUUUUAAAGUUUUUGACUAUUGUAUUACUUGUUACUAUUGUACUGCUAGUUUUUUUUUACAAAAAAGAAAAUGUGUAAAAUAUUUACUUAUUGUUAUAUGUGGUUAUUUCGUGUUACAUAUUUUUUGUCUACAAUUUUUCCAAUUAUAUUUUGAGUGUCUAAAUGGUCCACCAUCUACUUUUGAAAUAUUGACUAAAACAUAACUUCCAACUUAUAAACUGUAUCAAUGGUGUAUUUAUAAACUCAUCAAUCGUAUACAUUUUAAAUUCUAGGCAUUUACCUACAUUAGUUCAUUACAACUGGCUAUUUUAAAGAUUUAGAUACAGAAUGACAGCAUAAUAUGAUAAGAUUCCUGAUGGAAUCUACGAGGUCAUGAUUAAUCAGUAGAUUAGCUGAUAUCUUUUCACUGUACACAUUUUUGUCGGCAUAGUGUACAUAUUAGACGUUAGUACACCUCUGCGUUAUCAUUAAAACGGUUGAAUUUGUUUGUUUUUCGUUAUCAAACAUUUUUUUGCAAAACAAAUAGAUGUGGUUGACAGUUUACAUGUUACAUGUAAACUCUAUUGAUCUUUUUUUCGUAAAAGUAAUAAAUUACCCUUAAAAUAAAAUACGUAAAAUAGUUAUUACUAUAUUAUAAUUAUUGUAGUUUUUAAAAGGCCUAACUGCUGUUAGUCUAUGUGCGAUAAGUCUAAAAAACAGUAGCCCGUUUGAAAAAAUAAUAAGUAGUUCGCAAACGUGCUACCCCAUUGCAAAGAGCCUAGCUUUUUCGCAAAAAGACUAAUUUUCCACAUGGCCUACGACACAUAUAUAAAUACUGUACUGUUAACGACAGCGUGCGUGUCGCGUAUUUGCUUAAAAAUUAUUAUUAUUCGUCUGCUCAUCACGUGCGUUAUAAUCUUACAAUAGCCGAACGUCGUCGGUUAUAGGGUUUCUAUUACCGACUCGAAACGGACGGUUACAAAAUUCGCUAAACCGUUUGCUACAUAAAGAAAGAGUGAACCGCGUUACAGUGGUAACCGAAUCGCAAAAACGUUAUAACUUAUAAGCAAACAACAGUCAACCCACGAUUAUAAGCCGAAACUGAUAGCGCGUAGGUACGUGUUGUGAUACCGUUAUAUAGUGUAGUCUUUCGCGCUGUGUAUGUUAUUUUUAAUUAAUAUUUUACCGUUCGAAUUUUUAAUAAUUCCAACAUUUUUAAUUGCGAAUAUUAUUGUUAUAAAUAGCCGCGGAACCGGUCCGUCCGAGCCGAAUCCCGUACGUCUACAUAUUAUUAUUAUUACAACAUAUCACCUCCGCGUAUUAUACGUUAAUUAAGUGCGGGCGAAUCUCGUUGGAAAAAUUAAAACAAACAAAAAAAACCAAACUGAUUAGACGCCGUGAACGGCGGCAUCCGCGCCGUUCCUCUAAUAAUUGACUUUGUUCGGUCGACUUGCGAACGAGUUCGCGGGAAAGGUAUAGGCGGGUAUUAUGAUCGUAUUGUUAUUAUCGUUGUAUACCUACGCGGCAACAACCACUCAGCAGUCAUCGGGUCUGCGCGUUUCGUUUUCCAUUCCAUUCGGUAACGACCGCGCGACCACGUUUGUCGGCGUGCCUGUUUUCGCCGCGACCGAACCGCUCGCUCGUGUUUCUCGCGCACAGACGGGUACCUCCUAUAUAUAUAUACACACGCAAUAACAUAAAUUUAAACUGCGCGUUCGGAUAUCUCUUCGUGUUCCUCUGAAUAUAUUUUGGUUUUUUUUUUUCAUCUAUUUUAUUUUAUAUUCGUGCGGUGGUUUUUUUUUUUUUUUUUUUUUUGGAAUUCGGUAAUUCGUGUACGUAGACUACGCGGGUCGUUUUCUGCAGUCGCGUGAUGCACCGCGACGCAUGACUCGUAAAGAAUCGGACAGACACACGUGUAAAUCGAUAUUUCGGUAAGUUAAAGAUUUGCGAUCGUUAUUAAAAUUAUGAACGGAACGGGAAUGUAUAAUAUAUGUUAUUGGUUUUUCUGUUUUUUUUUUUUUUUUUCAAAAACCCGCGGUGCCUGUCAGAGCCGUAGCAAGCUGUUCUGACGCCCGAGGCAAAUUUGAAUUUAUGCAUCCGGCGCACUCCCCCUCCCCAAAAAAAACUGUUUUAAAAACUAUUAUUUAUCGAAUUUUCAGAUAAGUGUGUAUAUAUUUAUUUUAAGAUUUAUUUUGCAGACACUGAAUAAAAAAAAAAAAUUAAUUAAUAUUGUAUUAAACGAAAGAGGAUUAUGAAAAUAUUUGAUAGCCUUUCAUGGCCCAUAUAGUGGAUCUCAAAUAAUUCUUUAUGAGUUUGAGUUCGCUAAAGCUACACUUGGGAAAAAAAAAACUACUAAAAAUCCCGAAUAUUCUUUUUGGACAAACUACUUAGAAGUCUUAAUAGUUUACUACUAAAAAAAAUGUCAGUAGUUUACUACUAGAAAAUUGAUAGUAGUAAACUAAUAGAAAAUAUAUUAUAGUGUGUUACUAGAAAUAUUAUUAUUAUUUAUUAAUUAUAAUUAGAAUAAGACUAUAUAUAUAUAUAUAAUAAGAGAGAUUAUAUAUGAAAAAUACGAUAUCUAUGUUUGAAUAUUUAGUUUAAAAAAAAUUGUCAAGAUUUAAUGCUGGUGCCAAAGUCGCCUCACCCUUGUUACGGCUCUGGUGUCGAUUAGGUGUUUUGAUCACGAGAAGCGAAUUUCAUCCGGUUGGUACUUUACUCUGAAACAUUUAUAUCUGCUGGCUUCCCAGCAGUUUUCUUGACAGAAAGAAAAGACCUUAUACUGCUGAUGUGUGUGCCACUAUUGUAGGUAAAACGUUGUAAAGCUAGGAUACAUAUAGGGAUAUUUGAUUUAUACCAAUGAUAAAUCAUUACGGACGAAAUACGAUUCUAAGUGAAAUUCGAUUAUACAUGCUUUAAAAUGUGGAUUUUGGAUGUUGGAUUUUUACAAUUUUCACAAAUGUAAAUUUCGAAUAUCUAUAAAUAGUUCAAAAAUAAUCAUAAUGACAAUCAUUUACAAUGUAAAAAAAAGGAUUAAUACUCAGAAGUAUUCUGUGAAAAUUGCACGGUUCAACGAUUACUUUUAACCGAAUUGUAAUAAAAUGAAUACAUCGUUAUUGUUGGAAAUUUUCCCGGUUCCCUAGGAUUUUCCUUCGGGUUUUCCUAAUUAUUGAGAAGACAACGUGAAAUAUAAAAUGUACCUAUACUAGAUACAAUUUCCUUUUAGUUCAAGUGCUCUCACUUGAAUUUUGGAUCAAUAUCACUGGUAUAGAAAAGUUGUUUAAAGGUAGAGAAAAAAAAUCAUAAAGGUAGUAAAAUCGAUGCAUUACUCCCUGCGCUCAGAAUCUAAAAGAAAAACUUACAAAAAAUGUUGCAUGUACUAUAGGCGGAUCGAUCGUGAUGGAAGUCCAAAAUCAUCUCAAAGCCAGAUUAUUCAAUAUCUUGAUGAGAACACACGCUUGAAUAUUUAGAUUUUUUUAAAUUGAUUUCUGGGUUAUUUCUGAAAAAACCUACUAUAGAAUUCAAUUUAUCAAACCGUGUUCCACUCAGAAUUGUUUUUUUUUCGCUGUCGUUGCGUUUUGUACAAUAUAUAGACUGUUUAUAAUAUUAUAUAUAUAUGCAAUAUUAUAGAAACUAAAUUUGGUAAUUAAAACCUUAACAAAACCAAACUUUCCCGGUUAUACAACAGAAGCCUACCCGUUAUUAAAAGUAAAUCCCGUCCGGUUUUGGGUUUCUAAACAUACGUUUAGACAGCUUAUAUUCCGUCCGCCCGUAGCUACCUGCAGAAUCCAUAGUUACGGUUGUUGAUUUGGUUGCCAUUUGACAAUGAGAUGUAUUAACAUUGCUAUUUUAUUUAAACGUACUUAAUUGUGUACGGAACUAUGUAUUCAUAUAUAAUUUGUUGUUUAAAAUAUGUUUAGAAACCCGGGUAAAAUUAGCUCGCUCGUAGUGUGUUUUCCUAACUUGUUUCAAAAAAAAAAAAAACCUCCGAUUUCUACCGUACUAUUUUUACUGACCCGAGCCUUAUUAUUAUAUAUAAAUUAUUUAUAAUAUAUUGAGAGUUUUUGUCGGUGAAAUAUGAAUCGUGUGUUAUUAUUAUACGUGCAGCGUUCGCGUGUGGUCGUACAUUUCUUGCCGGUGAUAAGUCGCCGCCGUAUCACAUAACUAAUUCGGUUCUAUAUCGCCGCCGGCAAUGGCGGCCAAAAUAUUGCGUACCUUUUCUCCCGUCCGCCAAACGUGUACCGAGCAGUUACUCCCCGCGUAUGUAUUAUUCGCACAUAAUAAAUUGUGCUCGGAAUGGUUUUCGUUUUGUUUCCCUGGCGGUUCGCGCGAGUGAGUGAGAGCGGACGAUAUUCCGAUGGCGGAAAUCUCGAAACCGAUUUGUUACAGUAAUACGACGACGGGUUAUUCGUCACCGCGAACCGUAAUAACCGAUAUUAAUAUUUUAACGUGUACGAUGGCCGAUUUCGCCGCCGGUAAUUACUUUAUAUGCGUACAUAUACAAUGUAUACAAUAUUGUGUACGGCGUGGGUUCAACGCCGCGUCCGUAUAGUUUUCCGCGUAGGUAUUAUAUGUUUUCGGCGAUGAUAUUUAUCGAUUCGCUACAUAAAUUUCGCCGUGGAUAUGCUAUAAAAACAUGUAUUUUUAAAUAAAAAAUAUUCGAUUUUCGUACGGAAAUGUAUUUCUCGUUUUCAAAACGCACGCAAAUUAGACAUUGUAUACAAUUUUAAAACAACCGCAAUCAAUAGCUUGUAUACUGUAACAAUUAAUAACUGUACAGCACUAUACCGUAAUAAAAUGAUGCUAUUUUGUAUAUUUUUGUUCGGAUGAAAAAAAUACGAUUGCAUACAAAGUUUUUUUUAUAUAAGACCGACACGAGAGUGUGAAACGUGCGAGCCAACGUCUAAAAGGAGACGAGAGAAGAUUGGCGAUUUCGAAAAGAAAAUUAUUUCGGGGCAUGUUCAAACCAAAGAAAAAUGAGUGAACAACAGGUGCAAAUAUAUGAAAUGAAAACGAAUGCUGAAAUAAAAUAACUGUUCGGAGAAAAAGACAUAAUCCAGACACUUAAAUGAAGAAGAUGAAUGAGCUGGCUAGGAAACGUAUGUAUGUCAAAUAGUAUAGGAAUAUGCCAGAUGCAUUGUGGAAUAGAAGCCAAUAGAUAAAAGACCACUAGGCAGGCCGAAAAAUAGAUGGAUGGACUAAUCUAAGAUCUCCAUACAUUAAGUGUCAAUAAUCCGAAAAAAGUAGCAAGCGAUAGAGAAUAAUGAAAAAGACCGUGUAGUGCAGCGAAUGGGCCUCGAUGACUUUUGAAACUGAAAAUAGAUAGAUUUUGUUCGGACACGUUUUACCGUCGUUACUCUGUAUAGAUGACGCCGAGAAGUAACCAAACAAAUAAUUCUCGAAUUGAUUUUUCAGCGGUUUUCCCCGUCUUCGAUUCUUUUAUUUCAUAUUUAUGUAUUGCAUACCAUUUUGCCGGCGUUAUAUUAUAAUAUUGUUGUGUUCUUCACUGCAUGCGGCAGUCACGAUGGGUUUUGAAUUUUUUAGAAUCGCUAAAAGAUGAUCCUUAAUAGGUUUAAUAUUACCGUAGAAGCAUUUAUUUAUACUAAAUACUCGGUAGACCGCGCCUUCGAUUCGUUUUAUGGAUAACACGUUAAAGUCAACGUAUGUGCGAAAAAUACUGACCAAUAUAAUUAGCUAAAUCUGUGCGGACGCGUACAAUAAUUUCAUAAUAUUCCUUGAUAAUAGUUGACGAUUAUUAUUGAUAGCAUUUUUUUAAAUUCGUGGUGAACAUUAAAUUUGACUAACGACACUAAUUGUAUUCGUAUAUAAAUAUUAUUUAAUUAUUAUCAAGGGGUAUUUAACAAUUGCUUUUGAUCCCAUUGAAAAAGUCAACUCAGCUGUACGGCUCUUUAAAACACGGAUGUUAUGUUGUAUUCAAUAUAUUGUGUUAAUGUGUGCGGUCUAUCUAUUAUUAUUAAGUGUAUGGCUAUUAAUUUUUCGGCAAAAUAACCAUUGGAAUAUUGUUAACAAAAAAUGAUUUAGAUUCUGUGCCAAGAGAAUAAAGUAUUGAUUUUACUAUUUUUUUUUUUUUUGUGUUUAUAAACAUUGUUUUUCACUAUAAAUCAAACAAAAACUUUAUAAUCACUUUGUUGUAGAAUAUUAGAUUCUGAGCGGAGCAAGGAAUGUAUCGGGUUUAUAAUGAUGCGUAUUUCGUUUUUUGCUGUGGACAACUUUUCUACCAGCAAUUAUUUCGCUCCGAUUUGCAACGAUAGCGCUUUUUCUGAAAGGAAAUCUGACCGGGGAGGUACUUUAGGAAAGUCAUUUUUCGAUUUCCCAAGGAGUUUGCCCAAUAAAUGGGGGGGGGGGGAAACGGGAAAACGUACAAAAUGUCGGUAUAAGUAGAAAAUAAAAAAUAAGGGGUUUAUAUAUUUGUUGUCUAAACAAUUCGUGUAUAGAAUAUCUUCACCGGCGGCGUUCACUCGAGCAUUAAUUACGUAUGUAUUCCUCGCGUAAAUGGACGUGGUAAAUAUAUAUACUCGUAUAUGCACAGACGUCCCUCGUCAAGUACUGGCGAUCGUAUAAUAUUUUAAUCGGCAAUAGAAAUCCGCCGUGUUCGGAACGCGAACGGUCUCGUGUGCCCGGCUAAUAAAUUGGAUUCCUAAUGCUUAUCAUUACUGUUAAUAAUGGCGUGCACUACACGACCGGUGUAGGCACUGUUUUGACAAAUGAGAGAACGAUAAUGAUGAUGAUGAUGAUGACGACGACGAUGACGAUAAUAAUGAUGGUAGUAGUAUAAUAUACCGCCGCCGUGGAAAUCGAUGACGGCGGCCGAGAACGGACUCUAUUAUUAUUGUUAUUAUUAUUAUUUUUUUUUAUUAUUUCUUUUAUUCGUCACAAUAUGCGCGAUAAUAAACGAAUAUAUAGUGUAACGUUAUGAGAAACGCACCGACCAGUUUCGCCGAGAGACGAUGAUUGCAGAGGCUGUUUACCAGCCGCCGCCGCCGCCCGACUUCGCCGUCGGUAUUUUUCAAAAAUACAUAUAUUUUUUCCACCGUUCUUUCUUCUGGGAGAGUUAUUAUUUAUUUAUCGUAUUAUAUAUAUAUAUAUUUUUUUUUUACCGGUUUUUUUUUCGCUCGCGCCUACUUUCGACGCGACGCGUUCGAGUCGAGUUCUCACUCGUUAACGACUGCUGUGGUUUCCCGCGCGCGGCGGUGUAGCGGCAUUCGGGUAUAAAUAUCGCACGGUACAAAAACCGACAGACUAAAAUGAAAUAAAACCAGCUUUUUUUUUUUUUUUUCAUGAAAAAAAAACAGACUUUAAUAAUAUUACACGUUUGGCAAUUUAACAUUGACGACGUUCACACAUUGAUAAUAUCUACGUCUUCUUUUGCUACUAAUUCUCCGCGGGUGUUCCGGCCGUCACUAUUACUACGAAACGCAUCUCUGCACCCGUCUGUAUAUGCAUUGUAACAUUUGGUAUUUCGAUCCGCGUAACGAUAUUAUAUUAUAUUUUUAAUAUCCGCGGUUAUAAAAAGUCCGGGGCGGAUCUACGUAAAUUGCCAUUUUUCAAUAAUAUAUACAGGGUGAUUCACUAAUCACACGGUAUCCUGUGGCGAUACCAAAUUUAGUUAUUCAAAUGAGAACCUAUAUCAAAAAUUCCUUACAUAGACAGAAUUAAUUUUGGUGUUAAAAUUGUUGAUUUCCGCCGACCCGUAAACGAGAUAUUCCACUUUUAAGUUUAAGUUGGGGGGGAGUAAUGUAGCACUAAUAAAACGCCACACAAACGAUACUCUACUACUUUCCCCCUAUCUACCUAAACUUAAAAGUGGAAUAUCUCGUUGAAGGGUUGACGGAAAUCAAAAAUGUUGACACCAAAAUGUAUUUGAAGUAUAAUACUCCGUCUAUUUUUGGAUAUUUUAAUAUAGGUUUUCAUUUGAAUAACCAAAGUUGGUAUCGCCGCAGGAUACUCCAUAAAUGUUGUGAAAAAUCAGAAUUUGAAUAUAUGCAAAAUUUCACCAAAGAAAAAAAAAACGGAUGAGCGCAUUUAGUGAAUUAUAUCCUGUAUAUAUAAUAUAUAUGGGUUGAAAUAUCAGAAACAAAAAAAAAAAAAAAAGUAUGGUAUCAUUCAUUGUAGACCAAGUCCAUUGACUUUGACUUUUUUCUUUUUUUUAGAAAUACAAUAUCCGAAAUAUUAUUCUUUUAUCAAUUUGUAUUAAAGUCGAAUUCUAUUGGUAUUUAUAUCAGCGGCGUACGCAACGGGAAGGUUGUUGUAUCCCCUGGGCAUACAAAUAUACAACAAUGAUGAUUAUUUAUUUAGUUAAAUUCAAUCUGGAAAUGUAUGUAGAUACGUGUAUUUUAGCGGUGCGUAUAGUGAGUUACACGUGGAGACGAUCGAUAUUUUAUUGUUUGAAAAUUAGAUUUUUCGGGAUCGCGUUCUGUACACGAUUGUUGUUUACUACCCAUUAUCCCGUCUCACCGAACAUUUCGGGUACGCCGUGUAUUGAUUCGAGCAUAUACGCCCUGCAGUUCACUAAAAUGUUGUGCCGCUGGUUUCGCUUUUAUUUUCGCGUCGGUUUUUUUUUUUUUUUAUCAUAAUAUACAGUUUUUACCGGCGGGCCAGUUUCCUUCAAACGUGCCCCUCUUGUCGUUUGUUCACCAAAAGAGAUAUUGAACAAUUUCUAUGCCAUGACAAUACAUAAAAAACUCAAUUCUUUCGGUCAUAUCUAUAUAUAUAAAAUAACAUGUCCUGACUGACUGAUUCAUCAUCGCCUAGUCCAAAUCACUGGACAGCUCUUGCUGAAAUUUGGCACACGGAUAGCUGUUAUGACGUAGGCAUCCGCUAAGAAAGGAUUUUUUGAAAAUUUAACCUCUACGGGAAUAAAAUAGGAGUUUUUAGGUAUAUUUGAUACGAAUAUAUACUAUCUAAUUGCUUAUUUAUUUAUUAUUGUUUAUUCAAGGGUUAUCUUGGUUUUACGGAAAAGAAAACUAUUAUAGUUAUUAUAUCAUUAUUAUUUACACUAUUGAAAUUUUUCAACAGAACACAUUUAGUCCGUAGACUACCCACGUUCCACCCAUUUGUUUUCAUUAAAUUCUGGCACGGGUAACGCCGGGCACGGAAUAGCUAGUAUGUAUACAUAUAUACAUACGGCAUUGAUUUCAUUCGUUGAUUUGUAAUUCAGUAAUGAAAAUUAUUUAGAUUUAUACGGCAUGUUUUUAUUGAAAAAAAUUAUAUUAUUGUGUAUUUUUUUGGUAACAGUUUAUUGUAUUUGUGAUAUUUUCUAUUAAUUUUUACAAAGAAAAAAAAAUGUUAAUAAGUAUUCGAUAUUUCCUUUUAUUUUCCGAAUAACAGUCUGGAUGUUCAAGUGUGAAAAUAUGAACAAUGCCAAGUUUCAGUAACUGUUUCGCGCGUCGGCGAACUCUUGGCUAAAAUUGAUCAAUAAUCUUUGUUUUCGAAAACGGGAGAGGUGAGGUUCAUUCUGGUGGAAAACGACAAGGGAAAUAUGUUCGUUUUGGUGGAAAACUGUGACGCCCGGUUUCGCCACCGUAUCGUGGCUCGGGGUUAGGGCAGGUAUACAUAGUAAAAUAACACACUCGUUAUUUAUCAUUAUAAUCGCGUAGAAAAUUAUAAUUUAUAUUAUCGCCCGCCUCUGCAGGUGUAUCGGCGCUAUGAUUUAUAUAUCUCGCGUGUGUUUUGUUGUGGUAUGCGUCCGUUUAUGUUAUUAUGUCGAAUAUUUCGUUCGCCCGCGGACCGGUUCGAUUGGAUAAUUGAGUGAAAAUUGCUCAUCAUUGCUUUCACCCCGACGAUUUGUUCGCGCGUUAUAAUAUACAUAUUAUUUACGUAUAUCAUAUACAUCUAUCGUAUAUUAUAAUAUUAUUUAUAUUAUAAACGUGUGGUGCCCGCCUUCCGCUCGCCAAUUUAGUAUUCCGAAUUUAACGGCUUGUCCGUCGUGUAAAUAUUCGUAAAUUGACCGUGAACUAUCUGCCGCGCCCAGCUUGUAUCAUAUUACCGUCGAAGCAUCGGUGUGUCCUCGAAAUUUCGAAAAUCGCAACAGAACGAACGAGAAAAAAAACCAUUCCGGCAAACGAUAAUUUUACCAUUCGUGAGUCGAGCUAUGCAUGCGUAUUAUAUAGCUUAAGUUAACAGUUAACCCUAUAAAGAAGUUCCUGCCUCGUAAAGUGGCCCGAUUUCAAUAACAGAUUGUUUUCUGAAAGACGAAGAGUUCUUACACAGAGUUGAUUCGGUUGGGAUUUUGAAAAUUAUAUUUACAAUCGCUAUAAUUAGAAUUUGAAUACGAUCGAUUUUUACUAUUUUUUCACUUCGUGGUUUUUGAUUGCUUAUAAUCAAAAAUCAAAGUCCAAUCAGAUAUAUUCGUCUAUGUAUAGUAUGUUAUCCUAUUACAAAAAAAAAAAAAAAAAAAAAAAAAAAAAAACAACGAGCUGAUACUGGGGAUGAGAGCCACCACUGUUGUAGAUGAGAAGUUGGGAAGGUAAGAUACAUAAGGUUAUUUCAUUUAUAUUUGUAAGCAACAAUAAACCAUUGCUUGACGGAAGACGAUUCCGAGCGUAGUUCGGUAUUACAUAAUUUUGAAGUGCCGUAAUUUUUUUUUUUGCGAUUUUCAUUUAAAUUUGUUUUCAAAACGCUUAUUAAAAAAAAAAAAAAGUCAUCCGAUGAUUUUGUAAAUUUUACCACAUCUAGGUAAGUCCAAUAUAAGUAUUAUUACUAAGUUUCAAGUCUACGUGUAUUUAUAACCGAAUUACAGUAAAAAAUACUCCAAAAAAUUUAAAUUCCUUAAAAGCUCAAAAGUGGCUCAAAAGUUUUGACAAUGAUACCUUAGUAAAAGUAAAUCAAAAAAGAAACAAAAAAGGUGUCUUGUGAUUUUUUGAUUAAAUUAUUUUUUCUGGUAGUAAACGUCCGUGUUUUUAUAAAACAAUGAAAACGUAAUACCGUACGUUUUCCUACGUUUUUUCCCACUUAAUUGCUUUUAUUUAAAAAAUGGCGUCAAAAAUCAAUAAAUGACCUCUUUAAAGUACCUUCUAGACAACUUGAGCUUUCAUAAAAAUUGUUAUACGUAAAAAUCGGAGUAAGUUUACUAGGAAAAAACGUGUCCACAGGCUAGAACAAAGUAAGAAAGAAAGAAAAAAAGUAAAUAUCUUAGUAAAAAUAAUAGCUCUCUCGCUACGCUCGCAAUCUAAAAACAAAUAUCGAAAUCUGACAUCUCUACAAGGUAGAGUGUUUCCUGUAAACCAUGUUUUCGACAGGACUGAUUGAAUUGACCCAUUAUCAAGACGUAAGCACAUAAUCAGUAUUUGUACGUCGAUUUUACAUUUUGUGCCUUAUAUUUUAUUUCCAAUUGAAUCUAGGGAGAUGGAAUUUCGUAUAUUUAUGGAGUUUUAGUAUCAAGAAUGUGCCUAAUGGAGUUUUUAACUUCCAACCCCCAUGCCUAUCAUUAUUCUAUGCACGAAUUUCACAAAUAACGAAACAAUAAUUGUCCCCAUCUUCUAGUUUUCAAUCUGAAUAUCAGAACUCUGUCGAAGUAUUGAUAAAAAUCUCAUUAAUAAAUUCCAUCGCCUCGAUUACACUUGAUAAUCAAUUUGAUUAUAGAAACUCGAUGUUCCUCGAAAAUUGUAUGCGUCUGAUCGCCUUUCGAUUCCAACAUCCACUUCCAAUAGACAACCAAUGAACACAUAUGACCGGGGCGCGAGGCAAAAGUAUGUAUAAUAAGGGUUUAUUAUGAACAUAAUCAAUCCGGCUGCAGUAUUCCGUUUGAUUGAAAACUAUAUUGAAGACGAGAAAAAUUGUUUAAUGAGGAACGUAUCGUGGCGUGUUUGUUGGCAUUGUAAAUUGGACGCACAUCGAGCGAAGCAAUCGCUGAUGGUUUUUUUAGAUUUGUCGAGGACCAUCGAUGAGAAAUACAUAGGAUUUCUAAUGAAGAACACGCGGAAUAUUAUAUAACAUUGUAUAUAUAUGUAUGAUAUGUGACCGUACCGUGAGUGUUUUUUGUUUUUUUUUUUUUUUGGAUUUCUCCUCUAUAAACACACUACACUACAGUAUAGGUACUCCCAAUUUGAAAUUUCUGGAAACGUCGUGAAGAAACCGCGGUUAACAAGUAGUCGCGCCGGUAUCACGUCUCUUAGUUUGUCAGACACGUACGUCAUAUCAUUACUAUCAUUACUCGAUAUCAUCAAAUGUGGUCAUCAUUAUAAACGCGCGGUAUUGGCGGUAUACCGGAGAAAUUCACAUGGCGGUGUUGUACCGCGACCGGUUUUAAUAAAAUAUAUUUUAUAAUAUUUCACCACAUAUACCAUAAAACUAAAGAGAAUAAUAUGUCUGACGGAAGUUAUUUUUUUUUACAAUUUAUUUCAUUAAUUAAAAAUCGUAUAUUAGGAAUAUAAUGUGCAUUGUUGAUUGCGUUUAAACGACCAAAUCUAGGUGAAUAACUUCGCCGCCACUGGCCUAUAAUAUACCUAAGCUAAUAUACAAGUAAUAAUUAAGUAUAUUAUUAUUAGGUACUAUAUUGUGUUUCCUGUAUUUUCAGUCGACCACACGCACAUAUACGCUCUUAUAAACGGUGCAUGUAGAGCGGCACGUGUGUUCGACUAAUCGUGAAGCUGUUAUAUUUGCAAUCUAAUGAUGGGCACGCCUAAUUUUUUAUUUUAUAAAUAUACGCAGUGCGAGUAUAAGUGCAAUACGACCUUUUUCACGGGCGAUGCUGAAAAAUGAUACGAAGUUUUUUCGUUGCGACUAGCAAUAUUGUACACCUAAUAUGAAAACUGCUAUUUCCAAAUCGUUUUGUAUAAAUGCGUAUAGUUAUUAUUGAAAAUCAUUAAAAACAGCAGGUCAUUCUUCUUAUUAUUAUUACUCGGCUUUUUAUAGGCCUUUCGGACCCAUUGCCAACGUGUAUUUGUCAGACGAAGACAGCACGUAAGGAUAUCACACUCUCUUAACUUUAUAAAAUAUUAAAAUAUUAAAAUAUUAUUUACUCAACUACCUAAUUUAAUUUUCACUCAACUUUUCACUAUUCAUUUUAUUUAAAUAUUAUACUAAAGUUAAUGUCCUCGGUCUAAGACGAAUAUGUUUGAGGCCCGUUCUUACAAUAUCCGGUUAGUACUAAUCGGCGGUUAAAUUUGCCGUACACCGUCAAAUUAGUUGGUUAACUAACGGUUUGCACUAACCGAAACUGUAUUACGGGACACUGGAAAAUUUUUUUUUAUUAUUAUUAUUUAACUUGCUGUAUUGAAAAUAUAUGUUGUAUAAUGUUAUUUUCUUUUGUUUGUUUUUGUAACGAUGUACAACGCGUAACCGUUUGACUUAUUUGUUUAUCCGAAAUACUUUUUAUCAAUAAUAUUGGUGGGCGUAAUGAAGAUAAUGAAUAAAAUUAGAAAGUGUUUACAUUUUUUUUUUUUAUCUUCUUUUGAGAUUAUUGAUUUUUUUUUCUUCUUCGAAACGUUAUGGGUUUAUAAGCCGUAAACAGCUAUAUAUACAUGUCUACACACUAUACUUCCCGUAUAUUAAUUAGUUUUAUAAUACUCGUUUAGUGAAUUAUUUGGCGCUUUUUUUUUUCUUUAUAAAACGUCAUAGUCAUUGUAUAAAUCAUCAUAUAUCGCGUUAUCCGGUUGUAUACUAUAUGAAUACCGUGAAAGAAUAUUAGAAAAUUUAUGAAUAUUAACAAUAUUAUUAUUUUAAACACAAACUCGACUGGCGAGAUAAUCGCCAUUGUGCGGUCAAAUUAUUAAUAAUUUUUUAAUCGAAUUUCACUUUCGCGUACCUAUAAAUUAUAAUAUGUAUUUUAUCUUCAUUCUGACAAUUAUUAGACAAUUAAUUGGAUAAUAAUAUACGAGUAUUUAUGUAUAGCCUGCAGUGAGUGUCUAAAAUAUCGUAUAAACAUCAUCUCCGCGUGUAGUUUCCACGAAUAUAAUUUAAAACAACUGCUGGAGGAUAGCCAGGGCUCUAAAUGGAUAUAAACAGGAAGCCUAGCAGCUAUAUAAAAAAAACUAAGAGGGCAAACUUUAUUGAUUGACCCGUGAAAUAUUGAUUGCGUGUGUUUUCGUGAAUUAUGUAAUGAUAUGAAAAAUAUUCGAAAUUGUUUCUAUAUCAAGUCUAUAUACGCCUAAACAGGUUUCUAUAUUAUCAUUGUCAUAGGUAUCUUUGGUCCCAGAGAAGAUAAAAGCUUAAGUCAACUUAAGUCAUUUUUUGUUUAUAAUUUUGCCUUGUGUAAUUUUUUACCUAAAUUUGAUGGUCUAAAAUCUAAAUGGUUUGAGUGUAUGCAGGUAUAUUGUGGCACAUUAUUUACUGAAAACUCAAAUAUCUAAGUUACUGUAAUAUGGUGUAUUAAUUUUAUAGUAAUUUAGCCAUUUAGAAAUUCUUUAAAUUUAAUUUGAUUGUACUGAAAAUGUUAACAAUGGACUUAUAUUAAGAGGACGCUACACGUGUAUUUGUUAUGUCUGUCUUACAAAAGUACUUGUCAGAUUUAUGUUCGGUAUAGACAACUUUGUGCUGUUUGUUGUAUUGUUAGAACCCAUUGAGCAAUUAUUAAACUUAAAAGUAAGAAGAAGUUAUUUUAAUUUUUAAGUAUGAUAUUAGCAAUUUUAAAUAUUGAUAUUUCGUAUAUUUAUACCUAUAAAUUAAAACAACGAAAUAACUAACAAAGAUAAUGUUCUUGCCUUUAAAUUUGAUAAUAAUUGAGUAUAUUCUAAUAUUAAAACAGUUAUCUUUGCUAAUCGCAAAGACCAGAGGUAUUUCAGCCGGAUUUGAGUUCCGUUUUCGGAAAAUGAUAGAGGAUAUUGAAAUGCACACUUUAGGACAAAUUUCAGUUGUUUGAACCUUUCGAUACAUACAUGUGUAAUAUAAAUUACUAUUUUUGACUCUGGAUUCGAAUGAUCCUAUUUUUUCAUACAAUUUUAAUCAAUAUAAUGUUUUUAUCUCAAAAUUACUUUUAAGUACAGCCAUCUAAAUAAAGUUGGUUUAAAAAUGUAGUUUUUUAUCGAAUUCAAAGUUACUUAAAAAAUAGAACUAUACAAAUCGAUUGUCAUAAGUAGGUGUUGCUAUUCAAGAAAAGUAAAUUUUUAUUGCACCGCAAUUGUUAAAAAUCUGAAAUGUAUCUUAAAAUGUAUGUUCCAGUACUCAUCUAGCCGAAAUAUUUAGUGCUGUUACCAGGAAACGUAAUUAUAGUAUGUAUAUCUGUGGUGGUUACUAAAACAAAAGAAAGAAAAACCAUAUAAUUCGUAGGUAUAUGGUAUAAAUGCCCUAAACUAUUUUUAUCUAUACACACGUAUAAUAUACCACAAUUUUGUGCCGUUAUCGUCGAAAAACGUAAAAAAAAAUUUAAAAAAAUCAUACUUUUUAAAUUCGCGUAUACAUCAUCACGGUGCAUUGUUAUAUCAUUCGACCAGAAAAUACUAUCAUUUUCUUAUUGUCCCAUUCGUUAAUUAUAAUUAUUUAACCUGCGAGAAUACAAUAAUAAUUUUUAGCGUUGUCUGCGGUACCUAUAAUACCAUCAUGUAUCCUAUUAUGCAUUAUUAUCGUUUCGAUUAUAUUCGGGUGGUUAGCACGUUAUGUACGGUCCGACGACAUUUUACUAUUAUUUAUACAUGGUAAAAUCGUUUUAGUAUAUACAAAAAAAAAAAAAAAUUAAAAAAUACACCAUCGUAGUAUAAUAUUAACAUAUCGUUACAGCUGAAACGUACUUAUACGUAUAUAUUAAAUCUAUUCUUAAAUAUAUUAAGAUAUAUCAACACACUCGUCUCGUACGUUAUUUCAACACCGAAAAUGUGCGAACGGUGUCGUUCUUAAUAAUCGGUUGCGUUGGCAACUAUUAAAAUUAAGUUUCGAUUUCAAUAUGCCGGUCCUAAAGUGUAUUGUGCGAUUAUUAUGUACUGUCGACUGUUUAAAAUGUCGAAAAAUAAAAAUCUGGUCGUAUAUUAAAUCGAAGAUCAUUGGACUAUGAGAAAAAAAACCACAAUUUUUCGCGGUUCACUCGAUAUUAUAACGUAUAAUAUAUUAUAUAUUUUUUGGGACUUUUUUUUUUGUAAUACGUAAUUUUCGGUUAAUAUAAUUUAUUUCCGUCGUUGUUAUUUUUAUAUAACGCAGGUAUAUCAUUAUUAUUAUUAUACCUUUGACAGUUUUCGGUCCACUUAUAUCUCCGCUGUUGCGAAAUAAUUAUUUGUCAACGUUUUUACACGGAAAAACAGUUUUACGCAAAACAAAGCCAUUCUUUUAAUAAUUAUGAUAGAUUGAUCAUUUUUUUUUUUGUUUUAAUAAGGAAAAAAUUGUCUGUGACGUAGUGUUUUCCAUUUUUCAAUAACUUAUCUCAAUGAUUUUGUAUUCAUAAACAAAAAACUUAAAAUAUUUACAAACUUUAAAAAUUAAUAUUUUUAAACCUUUUUGUAUCAGCUAAAAAAUAAAAACGCUACGUCAUAGCUAAAAUUCUUCUUAUUAAAACAAAAAAAAAAAUAAAUUGUCUAUUUAUCAUAAUUAUUAACAAAAUGGUUCUGUUACUCGACAACUAUGAUUUUACGCACAAAUUACGGGUGUAUCACGUCCUCUUAAUGGGUACUCGCCUGUCAGAAUAUAUAUAAAUAAUAUAGUGAUUCCUUUGAUCCAAAUAUUACCAUUUUUAUAUUUAAUAUUAUAAUAAAUGUAUUUGUCUUACCCAAUUCCUCCGGUCUAAGUUCUAAACUACAAUAACUAAUAAAAAAAAAAAUACGCGUACUUUCUUUCUUUUUAUUUUCCUAAUCUACGUUGACAAGGUUUGGUGAGUAACCAUUUGAAGAUCGAAAGUAAUAAUACGGAAUAGACGUAAAAAUUAGUUGAAAAUAGCGUUGAAAUAAGUGGUUGAUUCGUCUUAUUUAAUCACUACGAAUAAAUAAAUAAAUUCGAAUUUCUAGAAAUUGCAUAGAUAAUAUUACAGAGUAAUCUUGGCAGUUGUGAUAUUUUGGAUUCUGAUGUACACAUUAUUCAUCUGUGAUUAACCCUCUCAUAAAAUAUACUAUAAUUUUUAAAAAUUGUUCGUUGUAACGUUUAUUCAAUUUGCUAUUAAAAAUAAAAAUAAAAAACCUUUUAAAUUAAAAAAUAAUUGAAGUAAACAAACACAAUGUUAUUAUUAUUAUGACAUAUUUACUCCGGUAAACCGUUCUACUGGGAAAACUUGAGCAAAAUUUCAAAUGGAAUUUCGUGGCGAUCAUCGCGAUUGUGGGUGGACAAUCAAAAUCGGCAAUUCGAGGUGAAAAUGCUUCGCAUCGCCACUGUUUGGGAUAUACUUGACCCAAACAGUCUUCUAAUUUCCAUCGCCCGUACGCUACCGAUACUGACGAUAUUUUAUAGAAUAAUAUAAAUUAACAAUACAAUAUAGGUGUAUUAUAAUUCAAUAACUGUACAUUUGUAUUUGUUUUUUCUCCCGCAGGUGAUCGCUUGUGAACAACAGCGCGAUUCGUCCUACGACAGCCGGUGCGAUGUGUGGUCGCUGGGUAUAACGGCGAUCGAGUUGGCCACCGGAGACCCGCCGCUCAGCGGACUGCACCCGAUGCGGGCCCUGUUCCAGAUACCGCGGGACCCGCCGCCGGUGCUGCCGCUGUCGGCCCGGCCGGACGCUCCCAGGCUCACGCACUUCGUGGCCCGGUGUCUGAUUAAAGACUUCGAACAACGGCCGACCACCGCCAUACUCAUACACGACCCGUUCAUCGUUCACGGGUCAAAGUGCAUACACAGAGUGAGCGCGAACACAAUUAAUGUAUUUACAACUCUGUGUAUAAUAUUCAGGGUCGAGAUCUCGGAAUUUGCAUCAAGUUCGAUAUUCGUUAGAAAUCGUAACUCAAACUUAAACACUGAAAAAAAUAAAAAAAAGAUAUCUAAAUUGGGGACGGGUGUACCACUCAGAUAAGUGGGAAGUUGGGAUUUGGGAAGGUAGAAAGCAGGCGAAACAUAAUUCUGUGUGAAGUUCAGUUACACACGUUUUAAAAUUCCGUAAUUUUUACGAUUUUAUUCAAAAUUUGAUUUUAAAACUCCUAUCAAAAUAAAAAAUACUUCAUUAUAAUGAUUUUUUUUUUUACCACUGAGUACAAGUUAUAAUGAACUUCAUGUUAAUUUUUCAAUCAUUUCAAAAAAUCAUAUCCACAAUAGGUACUAUGUGAAUAUUAUUAUUUUUUCUUUUUUGUAUAAUCUGUAAAAUAAUAUUUAAUAUAGGUACAAGUGAAGGGUUUAACAGUUUACGAGUAUCGAGACAGUAGGCGUGAGCGAAGAGGCCAACCAUUGUUUGUACCUCAGGUUCUAUGCGGAUAUAAUAAAUAAAAACUACGUAAAAAACACGCAAACAUAAAAUGCGUUUAAAUAGCUCAAAAAUCGCCAAAUUUUGGCAAAUAUAAUAUGUUUUCUGUCAAAAUGUCGAGUCUCUACGAAUACUUUUAUCUGAAUUACAAUAAAAACCAAAUUAAAAAAAGAGUUGAUGAGACGGAUGCAAUGGCCACUGUAGGUGGGUAGUCGAGAAUAUGGGAUACAUAAAAUUAUUUAAUUUAUACCUGUAACCAACUAUAAACCAUUGCUAAUAAAAAACGAUUUGGAGCGAUUUUCGGUUAUACAUGUUUUGAAAGGCCUUAAUAUUUACGAUUCUCGUAAAAAUUUAAUUUUAAAACUUAUCAAAAUAAAAAUACUUCAUAACACUUAUUAUUUUUUUUUUAACCACCAAAUAUGACUUAAAAUAAACCUUUCCUGUCAAAUUCUAAAGAAUUUCUGUUUGGUCCAACGAUUUUAUCCACAGAAUAAAAAAUUACGCAAAAACUAGCAAAAUUAAAUUAUCUAUAAAUAGUUCAAAAAUAGCUUAAAUGUUUUGAGAAUUUUACCAUGUCUAGAAAAAGCAAAUAUAAGUUUUCUGUAAAAAUCUUAAAUCUCUAUUAAUAUUUUUAACUAAAAAAACAAAAUUGAAAAUUACAAAUUAAUUAUUUUCUUAAAAUUGACCGUUCUUUCUACGUUUUCUCGAUUUCGCUUAAUUAUUAAAAAAACUACUAAGAGAAUAAAAAAAAACGACUUUCUUGGUCAUCUUCUAAAUUAAAAAUUCAACAAUAAAGGUCACUUGUCGUUUUUAGACUGGAGCAAUAUUUCUGUCAGACAUUUUUAUGUUGCAAAAAUUAAAAAUAAUUUAAUAUGUAUUUUAUUUUGUAAGUUUUUUACGUAAUUUUUGUUCGGUAGGUAGGUUUUCUGUGGAUACAAUUGUUAGACAGGAAAUUUACCUAUUAUAAGUCAUAUUUUGUAAUAAAAAAAAAAAUUGGGUUUAAUUUAGUAUUUAUUUCAUAAGAAUUUUAAUAUAAAAUUCCGACGAAAAUCGUAAAUAUUACGGUCUUUCAAAACAAAUAAUUAAACUCUGCUCCGAAUAAUUUAUCGUUGUGUAGGUUGUAGGUACAAAUAUAAAUUAAAUUCUCAUAUAUAUAUAUAUAUUAUAUCCUAUCUUCCUAACUUCUCGCCUUCAACAGUGGUCCACCCGUCGUGUGAAGUAUGUCUGUCUUUUUUUUAUUGUUAUUCUGUUAAAAUAUUCGGAGAAACCUUAAAUUCUCACAGAAUAAUUUAUAUUACAUCAUUCUAGACAUCGUAAAAUGUUUAAAACAUUCACGUAAUGUUUAUCUAAUUUUUUUUUUUUUUUAUUGAUCUAAAUACAUCGACAUCUGGAUCAUUAGUAUAUAGACAUUUUAAAUAUUACAUUUUUAUUAAUACAUAGAUACUUAAAUUAAAUUACAUAAAUCAGAUUUUUUUUAAAAUAAAAUUAAGUUUCUUAUAUCAAGUGGGUUUGGUCCGAGCACUUAGCAGAUUUGUUCAGAUAUGUGGAAUUGGUUGUGAAAGAGUUGGUAUUUUUGAUAUUCAGUGAUGAUGGGGUUGACCGUUAAUGAAGCUCCAAAAUUUUUACAUAAUGAGGGUUUAUUUUCUCAUCAAGAAGCUGUGCAUUAGGUGUGUCUGUCCAAUUCGGAGUCGGUUAAUUAUAGUUUCGUCUUUUCUACUGAGUUCGAUAUUAAGCCAUCAGUUAAGUCUAUUUUUUAUAUUCCAUCAAUUACUAUAUAGUUUUCAUAUUAAUGGACACUUUGGACAUACAUAUAAUAUAAACGGAUAUAAUAGAUGUUUAACUGAAUCGUUUUGAUAAAUUCAAAAACAAUUCAAUUUAAAACCGUUUUAACAUUAUUAUUUAAACAUAUUAAUUCUAUGUUAUUAUUUUAAUUUAUAUUAAUGUCAAUUAUUAAUGCGCGCAGGUACGCGAAGAACUCAAAGCAGAAAUACGAUACCAAAAAGAAGUAAGUGGUAGAGUGCAAAAACAUCCGGAUGUAACCACCAAACAUGGUAAACUCAAAAGUAAACGAAAAAAUCCUCCUACCACGAUCUAUGUCGACGACUUAGCUGCUCUAGAUAGUCUUUCGGAGGUAUGUACUACUCUCCUCCCCCCCACCCAUUUGGCGCCUGGCGAAAUCAUUAUCUAUUUUUAUUUUCAGGAAAGAAUAGUUAAUCAGCUAAAAAAAAGAUACCAAAUGAAUUUGAUUUACACAUAUAUCGGUGAUAUUUUGUUGGCUAUAAAUCCGUUUACGUCGCUCUCGUUGUACACAUCGGCGGUUAGUAAUGAAUAAUCUUCCAUAUGAUUAUAUUCUUCGCUUUUUCCUUUCAUCUCCUUAUAUCUCCACUAUAACCCUAUAACCUCAAUUUAAUAUCUUUUUUGACCUUCUUCUUCUUCCUUGUGAUCAUCAAUACUUUUCAUAUUUAUCUUCCCAUCAUCUUGACUACCUUAUUGUUUCUACUUAGUAUUAGUAAUAUUACAUUCUUUCAGGAACAAAAGAAAUAUUGCAAUCAAAUGAGAGCAGCAUGUCCGCCACACAUUUUUGCAAUAGCCGACUCAGCCUAUCAGUUUAUGCUCCAUGAAAAAGCCAACCAGUCUAUAGUGAUAAGCGGCGAAAGCGGUGCCGGCAAAACCGAAUCCGGUAACCUGUUGCUGAAACAGCUCGUAUACCUUGGAAAGGUGAGUAAUCACCUGUAUGGAUGAAAAAUGUUAUGUUUCGUUUGCCUAAUAAUUUUACAUUGUUGUUUUCUAUAGGCGCCGAAUAGAAAUCUAGAGCAAAGAAUACUCCAGAUGAACCCAAUCAUGGAAGCAUUCGGAAAUGCCAGGACUGGAAUUAAUAAUAAUUCAUCGCGAUUUGGGAAAUUUUUAGAAUUAAGUAUGACCAGAAGUGGCCAAUUGACUGGCGCAAGAGUGUCAGUAUACUUGUUAGAGCAAUCGAGAGUCAUUCAACAAGCGAAGUACGGUCUUGUUCAAAUUUUAGCAACUAUUAUAAUUUUGUAUUGGUUUUUCUCGUUGUUUUUAUUUUCAUGUUUUUUUAUUUUUUCCCAGUGGAGAGAGUAAUUUUCACGCAUUUUACUACAUUUACGACGGAUUGGAACACGAUAAAAGGCUUAAAGAAUUUCAUUUGGAUCGUGAAUUAAGACAAAUGCACAGUUAUCUUCCAUCUGACCGUCAAGACAGCAAAACUAAACAAGUAAAACAAAAUUUAUCUGCAUUAGUCUGUUCAGAAUUUGUUUUAUUUAUGUAUUAUAAAUAAUAUAUGAAUUUUGGUUUGUUUUAGAAUAAUGUAGACAAAUUUGCUCAAUUGAAAAACGCUUUUGAACAAGUUGGCUUUAUAGAAGAAGAAGUAAAUUCUAUUUACUGUAUUUUAGCAGCCAUAUUGCAUUUGGGCGAUAUUGAAUUUAGUGAAAUCAUGACUGACAACAAUACAGAUAAUAAGAGUACUGUUAUUGAUCUAACACCAAUUCAUAGAAGUAAUUAUUAUUUAUUUUUUUAUCAGUAAUAUUUUUUAUACAUUUUUUUCAAAACAAUGCUUUAAUUUUUUUAGCCUCGUGUUUGUUAGACAUCGAAAGUUCAGACUUAUUAGAAUGUUUGAGUGUUAACAGUGUGGUAACCAGGGGUGAAAUUAUACAAAGAAAUAAUUCCGUAUCAGAAGCUGUAGCCACCAGAGAUGCUAUUGCUCGAGCCUUAUAUAGUCGAUUAUUCGAUUGGUUGGUAAACUCUAUAAAUAGUUUGUUGUCAUUUCACCAUACCAGGUAAUUUAAAAAUUGUUAGAUUAUAUUUUUAUUAAUAUAUUUGAAAAUAAAAAAUAAUCAUUUUUAUUUGCAGAGGUGAAUACAAUGUAAUCGGAAUAUUAGAUAUUUUCGGUUUUGAAAAUUUCACAUACAACUCAUUUGAACAACUAUGCAUAAAUAUUGCUAAUGAGCAACUUCAAUAUUUUUUCAAUCAACACGUUUUUGCCUUGGAGCAAGCUGUUAGUGAAAAUAAAAUUGUUAUUAGCUUAAAUAACUUGUAACUAUUACAUAAUAUUUUCAGGAAUAUGAAUCGGAGGGUGUUCCUGUUCAACAUGUUGGUUUUUGUGACAACAGACCUGUAUUGGAUAUGCUUGUGAGUAGACCAAUGGGCCUUUUAGCAUUACUUGAUGAGGAAAGUCGUUUUCCAAGAGCAACAGAUCGGUCCCUUGUUGGUAUGUCAUGUAUUACUGUUCGUUAAUCAUUUUAUUGUUUUUAAUUCUAAACAUACUAUUGUUCUUGGUUUAUAGAAAAAUUUCAUUGUAAUAUUAAAUGUACCUAUUAUGUGCGACCAAAAUCAAAUGCUUUACAAUUUGAAGUUAAACAUUUUGCGGGCAACGUGACUUAUCAGGCUACUGGAAUGCUUGAAAAAAAUAGACAUCUAUUAGCUAUAGAAGCCAUUCAAGUAUUAAGAAAAUCCAGUAAUAAAACCGUCCGAGCAUUGUUCCAAUGCCCAGUAACCAAAACAGGCAACCUUUAUUCUCAAGUAAUCCAUUGUUUUAUUUUUUCUUAACUUUCUUUGGUAUUUAAUUGUGUAAUAAUAGUAUGUGUUGAUAUUUUGUUUAGGAUUCGUCAAUGGGAUUAGUUGGACUUGCUUCACAAUCGCGAGGCCAACAAACUGCAGCAACAUACUUUAGACAUUCAUUAGCCGAACUGUUACAUCGUAUGGGAUGUAAUAAUUCUGGUGUAAGUCUACCGAGGUUUGUCCGCUGUAUUAAACCCAAUGACCAAAGAAAACCAAAACAAUUCGAUCCUCUAAAAGUUGUUGCACAAUUACGCUGUAGCGGAGUAAUGGAAACAAUUAGAAUCAGGCGAAAUGGAUAUUCACACAGAUUACUGUUUAAAGAAUUUAUAAAUAGGUGAGUGUGCUCCUUAUAAUAAUCCUCUGAUCAAUAUAAUGUUAUGAUAGUUAGGUACAAUACACAAUAUGAGGUUAUAAGGUAUUAUCAUACAGCAAUAUUAUAAAUAUAUGAACAUUUAUUGAUCAAUGUCUCAAAGAAAUUUAAUUUAUUUUCUUCGUGUUGUAAAACAGUUUUAUGUUCAUUAAGCUCUUAAAUGUAAAUUGCAAUUUUAUAUUUAAUGUAUACUAAUUAUACAUAUAAUUACAUGAUGGAUAUUCUUUUAUAUUUUAUCUUUGAUUUUAUCUGUCCAAACAAUAUCCCACCCUUAACUAAUUUCUGACGGAAAAAAAAAGUUGAGACUAACUAUAAAGUAAAUAGAUUUUUUAUGACAACUUUCUCUUCAAACUUUAUAUUUGAAGUGAAAUUUAAAAAUUUUAAAUUAUUAAAUGAAUGUGCUUGAAAAAUUAUUUUGAGCAUAUACAUAUUUUUUUCAAACUUGUAUUAUUUUAUUAUAGUUAUUAUGUAUAUAUUUAUGUAUACUUGUAUGAAAAAAUUUCAUUCACAAUAUUUUUGUUGUCUAAACACACUUUUAUACUCAUUUAGUAUGUGUACAAUAAUUUGCAAUUUAAUAUUAAAAUGAAAAAAAAAAAACAAAUUGUUAAUGACAAAAGCCAUAAAAAUAAGGUAAAGAUUUUAUAUUUUUGAUUUCAAAUAUAAUUGGAAAAAAGUAAUAAAAAACAUUUAUAAUUAAUAUAUAGAUAAUUAUAGUACAAUUUAAAUCAAAUUUAAUAUUAAAAAUGUAAAAAAAAAAUAUGUCACACCCAAAAUAACUUUAAAAUAACAAAAUAACUAAGCUAUAUAAAUAUGAAAAAAGUUUUCAAGAAAAAUUUGUUUGCUUUGUAGUUUGUUUCAUCCAUUUUAUUUAUUAUUAUUUUUUUGUUUUUGUUUUUUGGGGGGUUGGUGGAUUUGCUUGUUUUGUGCUAAGUUUAUUUUAUUUUAAUAAUAUUGACUAUUGAGUAAUUAUUGUCUAUACAAAAGUUAUUAAUUUUUUAAGUUAUCACAGUUAUAACAGUUUGUUUAAAUAUUAUGUUAUUUAAAUCAUAUCAGUAAUUAUUUAAUCCAAUUUACAGAUAUGCAAUAUUAGGAUUCCGGUUGUAUGAAAAAGUUCCACCAACUAGAGAUAACUGCAGACACUUGUUAGUUAAGUUGAAAUUGGAUGGUUGGGCGAUUGGAAAAACCAAAGUAUUCCUUAAGUAUUAUCACAUUGAACACUUGACUAAAUUACACGAAAAACAAGUAAUGCCUACUAUUUUUUUUUAAAUAUGUUUUAUGUUUGAUAUUACAUGUUUUUGUUUAAUUUUUUGCCUGUAGCUUCGUCAUAUUAUAAUAGUACAAAGUUGUAUACGAAGAUGGCUGGCAAUGAAACAUUAUAGAGAAGCUUUACUGGCCAAACAAAUGUCAUGGGGAGUUUUGACAUUGCAGAAGCACGCCAGAGGAUGGCUUGCUAGACAAAAGAAAAAAAAGACCAAAGGAGAAAUACCUGUAGGAGAAGUGGCCCCGAUAUAUAGGCAGGAACCAAGAGAAAACGAUAUUUCUAUCAAAAAUCAAAAUAAAGUCAGCCCAACUAUUGUAUCAGAAAACAAAAAAACCUAUAUCCAAGUAUGUAACACAGAAUAUAGAUGUUUUAAUAAUUAUCAUCCAUUGUGAUACUGAUUAAAUUAUAAUAAUUUUGUAUUAAUUUAUUUUUAGCAAAACGGUGUUAAGGUAUUGCCUUGUAAAAUACAACAGAAAGUAGAAAGAGAAAAACAUUUGAUUGACUUCGCUAAAAAUGUAAGUAUUAUUCAUUAGUUUUUAUUAUUAUUUUUUUUUUUUGUUUUUAUUAUACAUAUAAUACUAAGGCUGUGAAUUUAAUACACACAAAAUAUUUACAAAUAAAAUAGAAAAUUAGUAGUUUUUAUUGAUUUUAAUAGUUUUUUACUGGUACUUGAUUCUGCCUUUAUAUUAAAUUUUAUUCAAAUUCACAGCCUAUAAUAUAUAAAAUAUAAUGUAUAAUGUACCGUGAAUAAUAAAAAGGUUCACAAUCGCAACAAAGAAUUCUACAAAGUCAUUAAGAAAACAAAUAUUUCUGUUUGUUUGAAAAAUUUGAAAGACAUUAAUACAACAGGUCAGGUAUGCACUUGUACUAAUAGAUUUCUCCUUUAGUUUUGGCGGUGCAUGUAGUGUACGUGCGACAUUAGAAAAGUAGACUAUUAGUUGUUUUAUUAUAUAUUAUAUUUUAUUUUAUUUUGAUGGACAUCAAAUUAAAUGUGUCUUGUUGUUCACUACGUACCGCAACAUUGGUGUAGAAUAACAAAGUAUUUAGGUUAGAGUUGGGCAUCUGAAAUUGUUCGAUUUUAAACAUUUGGAUUUGAACACAAAAUAUUGACAUUUUAAAUUUUUUUUUUAUUAAUUUCACCAUAGCUACCCAUAGCUAAUAAAUGAAUUUUAGUAUUAGUCUCCUUGCCUCACUAAAAACUAAUUAUUGAUUAUAAGAAUAGGGUAGUUUAUACAAAUAGUGUAAACUGUCUAUUGCUCAAUUUAACAUUAUUACAUGUUAUUACUAGGGCCCGGAUUUAUAUGCUCUGGAAACCUUAGAAAUAUGCACUAUUAAAUAUGCAUUUAUGCUUUUAUAUUGUAGAAAUACAACAUUUGUAAUAAACAUUAUGCACAAAAAAAUUGAUUUUCAAAAAAAAAAAUAUAUUUUACUUUUAUUAUUUAUAUAUUAUAAAAAUAAACUAAAUAAAACUUUGUAUUCCAAUUCUAUUGACUAUAAUUCAAACUUGUAGCUUAUCUAGCUACUUUUUGGACUGCUAAAAAAAAACAUAAAUCCGGACCUUAGUUAUUACCUUUAUUAAUCAUUUGUAUAAUUCAACAAUUGUUUUGUUUUAUUUUACAGAAAGGUUUGGUGCACAAUGCCAUUAAAAAACUCGUAACUGAAAAUUAUUGUAAAUUUGAUUCCGAUAACAGGUAAGAAUACAAUUUAAUAAUGAUUUUAGUUGUACCUAUUUAUAUAUUAUAUUAUUGUUCUUGUAGAUUAAAUACGAUAACUGAAAAACCAAACAACACCCAACCAAUAAAUAAAUCUAAUUGGGUUUCCCCAUUGAGGUCAGUAUAUUGACAAGAAAAUAAUUACUCUCACUAGAUGCAUCCACUCAGUAAAAUUAAUAACAAUAUUUAUUGCGUACAGAUUAACGCCUCCCGAUAUUAACAGACUACCGGAAGGAUUCGAUUUCAGACAAUUAUUGAGGCCAACUCAGCACGCACCCACCGAAUCCUUACGCAAAAGGCUGGUACAAAGGUCCAGACCUGUAGCUGCCAAUGCCAAAGGAUAACAUUUCAAAAUUAAAAUUGGCUAUUUUAUUAACAGUAUUUAAUAUUUACUAUUUUUUUUUUCUAAUAAUUGUUGAAAUUGUUAAAUAUUUAAGUUUUUAUUUUUUUGUAAAGAAACAAAAUGACAUUUGAGAUUUUCUAGUCCGAAUGUGAAAAAAAAUUAUUAUUAUUAUUAUUAUUAUAUAUAUAUAAUUUUUUUUUUUUAUCUUAAAUUAAAAUAUAUUUUUAUAGUUCCUCUAACUCCAAUAAAUUGAACCAAAAAUAUGUAUUUAACUUAUAAAAUUAACAAAAUUUAAAUAUUUUUAAGUUAUUGUAAGAUUUUUAUUAUAUCAACAAUGUUCCUUAAGUGACUUUUUUUAAGUUUCUAAAAUUCUAAAAAGGGCCCAUUAUAAUAUAGUUCAAAACACUUAUUAACUUUGCAUAACAUAAUAUAUAUUUUAUUUUUACACUGUCUAUAAUUUAUAAUAUAUAUCGUUAAUAUGAUCAGUAUUGAGUGAAAUUCUCAUUAUUAUAAAAUAAUUUAUAUUUUAUUGUUGUAAUGAUAAUUUUUAUUUUCACUGAUUUUUUAAAAUAUGUUCACGUUUCAUUGUGGAAACAGAUUUCAUUAAUCUUAAGUUAAAAAAUUAAAAAUAUAAUAUUUUAUAAUUUUUUUUUUUAUAUUAUAGUUAAAGUAUAUAAAAAUGCAAUUGAAGUGAUAUUAUUAAACUUAAUUGCAUUGUUUAUUGACAAUAUUGAAUAGUUUUUUUUUUGUAACUUGAUCAAUAUUACUCUAAUAUCUAAAUUAAUUUUCUAAUAGCUAGGGCAGUGAAUUUGUAGUAAAGUGCAUUUGUUUUUUUGGUGAUUGAGUAAAAGUAGCUUUGUAAGUGCAUAACUUAAAUCAUGAAACUUUGCAUUCUUUUAAGUUUUUAAUUUUUUAGGUAAUCUUUUUGCCUUUUUAGGUUAUAUUUUCCUUUUUUAGUUUAUUUUUGGAUAUUUUUAAUCAAAUUCCGUCAAUUAACAUCAUUGAAAACAUUUUUUUUGUUUUACACAAGCUGUAUAUAUGUCAAAUUUAUAUUUUAUACAAUGUUAAGUUUGUUUUAUUAUUUUAACAAAAUAAAUGCAAAAAACAAAUUUUUAAACAAAAGUUCAGGUGAAUAGAAUUAUUAAAGAAUCAAUCAACUUAAAUCAACAUUUUUAUAAUUUGUUUUUAUUAAAUAAAUACAUUUUUAUGCAUAUAGUAUACUUAUAUCAAUAAGAAUAUACAAAUUAAAUUAAAAACCAUUAUUUUGUAUUUGUAUUGUUGUUUAAUAAAUAAGAAAAUUAGUAAAAUAUAAUUUAAACCAAUAACAAAAUAUGUUUAUUUUAACAGUAACAUUUCUUUUACAAUCAAAAUUCUAAUCAACAUAUAACUUAUGCAGCUUUUGCUUUGUCUGAUGUCUGUUGAUUCAUUAGAUUCCAAUAGAAUCCUUUCUUUGAUAACAAAGUAUCAUGAUUCCCAACCUA